GCGGGGACAGGAGGCAGCCGCGCCUUGCCUUUGUCGCUCCCCUGGCCGCUUCAGGAGUAUUGACACACGUACGUGUAAAGAACACGUCCUGGCGGGGUGACGCGGUGCUUCUGAUUGCAAUGAGCUAUAAAGUUGAGGGUGUGAGGGGGGCGGGGUGAAGGGCGCGGUGGUGUUCUUGAAGGAGGUCAUGACGCUCCUUCGAAAUGGCCACGCGGGAUCCUUGGCCUCUAGACAUUCUCAGGACGGCAGGACUCUCUUGCCUGGUGUCCUUUGCCUCUGACCCCCUCCCCCGCCCCCGGUGCACCUCGGCGGCGGUGGCUGUGCUGCUGGUGGUUGCGGCGCCCCCCGUGACGUCAUGUCUAAAAGUGGCACCGGGAAAGCCGAACGGCGCCGAGAAGAGCCGAGUGGCAGCCAAGCAGGGGGCCCGCAGGUUCUGCUCACCAUUUCGCCCCGACGGCUUCGGAGGCGAGGGUGUGCUAAAUGGGGCUUCCUGACUCACUGGCCGCAAGCAUAUUAUAAACCUCCCGCUGUAUUAUGCUCGCAGCCCAGUAGUCAGAGGCGCUCAGCGAAUAUUCACGACCCGGUCUUGACUCUGCCGUGUGCUGUCCAGUCCGCCAGUGUUCGGUGCUAAACCCCGUGUGUCCCUUUGUGUUAAUCUCCGACCACCACCGAAACAACCAUGUCGCAGCAGCAGCAGCAACAUCAAGUGGUGAGGCAAAGCACCUCGACGCAACAGACAACCAGCAAUGUCAUGCAGCAGCAGUCGAGGGUGCAGCAACAGAGUCAGAUGCAGACCCGCACCGUGCGCCAAGUCCAGCAAGGCGUCCAGAGGGUCCAGGGCCCGACACAGAUGAUCCCCAUGGGCCUCCCGCCAGGUGCGUCACCACCCGUGUUCGCGCAGAUCUUCCAGAAUGCCCGGUUUGCCCAGGGUGGCGAUGCCCUCUUCGAAGGGAGAAUCACUGGCAACCCCAAACCAACAGUUUCCUGGACCCGCAAAGGGGCGAAACUCGUCUAUGGCUCCAAAUACCAGGUGACCCAUGACGAAGCGACAGGUGCAGUGACACUUCUGAUCACUGCCAUCGGUCCUGGUGACGAGGGAGAGUACACCUGCACAGCAGCCAACCAGUAUGGAGAGGCCAUCUGCACUGUGUACAUUCAGCCGGAAGCGGCCUUAAUGAUGCAGCAGCAGCGUCAACAACAGCAGCAGCAACAGACCAUGCAGAAGUCCUUUUUGCAGCAACAACAAGUGUCGCAACAAAUUUCUCAGCAGCAGCAGCAACAGAUGUUGUCGAUGCAAAAUGGACUGAUGCAGUCUUUCCGAGUGGACACCUUUGAGUAUCGCCUGUUGCAUGAGGUUGAAUUCCGGCGAACCCUCACCGUCCGCAUGGCAGGCGAGGUGGUGGAGGAAGAGGGGGCCAUCCAGGGUCCACCCCAGGCCCCACAACUCCUCCAGAAGCCUCGCUCCACUAAGGUCACAGAUGGAGGCAAUGCUACCUUCACUGUCAAAGUCAAUGGCUAUCCUACCCCCAGGGCUGUCUGGUUCAAGGAUGGAGUGCGUCUUCAGCAAAGUGACAAAUACCUAAUGACGCAGUCUGCUGGCCAGGUCACGCUCGUGGUCAAACAGGUGAAUGCAUCUGACAAUGGCUACUACACAAUGUUGGCUGAAAACAAUUCUGGCUGCACUGUCACCUCGGCCCAGCUUGCCGUGGUGCCCCGUGGAGAGGUGGUCAUGGACUCCCCCCAACGUGAGAUCAUCCGCCCUGAGAGGAUGGAACAGCAGCAGGUUCCCCCUCUGGCGGCAGAUGACACCGGUGAUGACAGCAGCAAGAAUCUGGAGCCCAAGUUUGUGCGCGGGCCAGCUGACGCCCAGGUGCAGGAGGGCAAGUUGGUGCGCUUUGAGGCCCGUGCCACCGGCCGCCCCUAUCCUGAGGUAACAUGGUACAUCAAUGGACGCCAAGUGGUGGACGAUGCCACACACAAGGUUCUGGUCAAUGAGGCAGGUUACCACUCCCUUAUGAUCCAGCGUGCUGCACUCAGUGACGCUGGCACCAUUUCCUGUGUUGCCCGUAACAAGUCUGGCGAGGCAACUUACCAGUGUCAGCUCAGUGUGCUGGAGACACAACAGAUGGUUGCACCCAAGUUUGUGGAGCGCUUCCAGCAAACCAGCGUGUCUGAGGGAGAGACUGUUGUUCUCCAGUGCCGUGCUGUUGGCACCCCCACGCCCCUCCUUUCAUGGCAGAAGGAUGGCGUCACAAUUCAAAACACUGAUAAUGUUAUGAUUCAGUACGACCAGAACGGCGCCUCAUGCCUGCAGGUGCUGAGUGCCGGGGCAGCUGAUGCCGGGUGGUACCAGUGCAAUGCCCAGAACACUGCCGGCUCCACUGCCACCCGUGCCCGCCUCCACGUACAGCUGCCCAAGCCCCCUGCCCCAGCUGCCCCCUAUCGCCCUCACUUCCCUAAACAAGGCAAACUCAUUGAACCUGAGCCAGAGCCUGAGCCCGAGGUGAUCAUUCUGCGCCCUGUGGAGCGCGCACACCAUGUGCCCAAGGCUCCUGAGGAACCCGAACCCAAGCACCCCAAGUUUACUCAUCCCCUGAGGGAUAUCGAUAUCGUCGAGGGCACACGAGCCCAUUUCGAAGCUAAAGUGAUCCCCAUUGGUGAUGCCACAAUGAACAUUGAGUGGUUCCACAAUGGAAAACCUCUUGCAGCAAGUUCCCGAGCCACUGUCACAUGGCGUUUUGGCUUUGUGGCUCUGGAUCUCCUUAAUGUGAUUACUGCUGAUGCUGGUGUGUACACCUGUCGUGCCACCAACGUCAAGGGACAAGAUGAGACGUCCGCCAACCUUAGGAUCACUGACCGGCCUCUUAUUGAGAGGCAAACACAGCAUCCUGAGGCAUUGGAGCAGAUUGGCUACCUGGAGGACCAGUCACGCUUCCAGCGUACCAUCUCCAUGGAUGAAUCCUCCCAUGUCAAGCCCACCUUCAUCAAGCCCCUCACUAACCUUGGGGAAGUCCUGGAGGGCAAGUAUGCCCACUUCGAGGCCCAGGUCCAGCCCCUGAGUGACCCGUUCAUGCGCAUUGAGUGGUACAAGGAUGGCAAGAGUAUCACUGCAAGCUCCCGAAUCAAUGUGAUCUACAACUUUGGGUAUGUGGCACUCAACAUCAUGCAGCUGCGUGAGGAGGACAGUGGCACCUACACUGUGCGUGCCAUCAACAAGGCCGGGGAGUGCUCCUGCCAGGCCACCAUUAGAGUUAUCUCAAUGUCAACCGUGACUGGUGACCUGGGCAUCCCUGAGCAGGCACAGCACAUCAAGAGUGUGGAGGAGAUGGAGGCCUACAGACAACAAAUGUUGGCCAAGACCAAAGCAGAAAUGGAUGAAGCCAUAACUGCUCCUGUGUUCAAGACAAACCUAAAGGAUAUCAUUGCCAAAGAAAAUGGCUUUGCCCACUUUGAAGCCCGCCUGGAACCCAUUGGUGAUCCCACUCUCAAGGUUGAGUGGCUCAAGGAUGGUCGCCCAAUGGAAGCCAGCUCCCGCAUCACCUCUUUCUUCAACUUCGGCUAUGUUGCCUUGACUGUGAAGGCUCUGAUCAUGAAGGAUGCUGGCACCUAUACAUGCCGUGCCUACAAUGCCAAGGGAGAGGCCCGCGUUGACUGCAAGCUCACUGUCAUCUCUAAGGCAGAACAAGAAGAAUCUCAGUAUGGAGAAACCAUGGCCAAGAUGCAGUACUUGGAGGAUGCUUCACGUCACAAGAGGACUGAGACAGAGGAGACCACUAUCUCCAUGCCACCCAAGUUCCUGGGUCCUCUGAAGGGAACAAACAAGAUUGUUGAGGGUCAGAAGGCUCACUUUGAGACUCGCCUUGAGCCACAGGGUGACCCCAAUUUGACAGUUGAGUGGUACUUCAAUGGGCAAGCCAUCAUGUCUGCUUCUCGCAUCAAGACUUACCAUGACUUUGGCUACGUGUCUCUGGAUAUCUCUGACAUCCGCCAGUCUGAUGCUGGCCAGUACACCGUGGUGGCCCGCAAUGCUCUGGGCCAGGCUCAGAGUAGUGCUGUCAUGGAGGUGGAGACUCGUGCCGGCAUUGACACCAGCACCAUGCAUGAGGUCUCACUCAAGCAGACAGCUGCCCUGGAGCGCCGCCACCAGGAGCCUCAUUAUGAUAUUGAGGAACUAACCAAAUCCAAACCUGAGUUUGUUGUGCCACUGCAGGACCCCAAGCCCAUGCCUGAGGGAAAGAAUGUCCACCUGGAAGCUCGUCUGGAGCCCAUGAAUGACCCAACCAUGAAGGUGGAAUGGUUCUGCAAUGGCAAGCCUAUCACCAUCGGCUCUCGCUUCAAAACCUACUUUGACUUUGGCUUUGUUGCUCUUGACAUCCUGGGAGUGUACACCACCGACUCUGGUGAGUACACCUGCCGUGCUGAAAACUAUCUCGGCAGUGCCCACACCUCGGCCUGUGUGCGUGUGGAGGGCACAGGUGACAUCCAGACUGACACCAUGCAUGAUGGCGCCAUGGAGCAGAUCCACUACCUGGAGGAUGCCUCCCGCUAUCACCGCACCACCGAGGAGCAGACAGAGAUCAAGACAGCACCGAACUUUGUCAAGUCACUGAAGAACAUCGAGACUGUUGAGGGCACUAACAUUCACUUGGAGGCCCGCCUGCAGCCCAUUGGGGACUCCUCCAUGAGAGUUGAGUGGUUCUUCAAUGACUCUCCUCUCAAGGUUGGCCACCGCUUCAAGCCAGCUUACGACUUCGACUACGUGGCCCUUGACCUAUUGAGUGUGUACCCCGUGGACUCUGGCAUCUACACCUGCAGGGCCACCAACAGUCUCGGUCAGGCUGUCACCUCAGCUUCGGUCAAAGUCACUGCCAAGAAGGAUCUCGUGUUCGACUCAGAACACCCUGAGAGCUUGCAGAAACUUCAGUACCUUGAUGACAGUUCACGAUACCAGAGACGCGAAACAAUGGAAGAAGUCUCUGUCAAGAUCAAACCCAAAUUUCUGACAAAGCUCAAGGAUGUAGUUCAGAAGGAACGGAACCAUGCCCACUUCGAGGCCAAGCUCGAGCCCAUCACUGACCCCAACCUGCGUGUCGACUGGUACAAGGACGGACAGCCAAUCCAGAUGGGCUCAAGGUUCCGUCUGAUUCAUGACUUUGGCUAUGUUGCUCUUGAUAUCAAUGAUCUUAUUGAAGAGGACUCUGGUGUGUACACUUGCGUUGCCACAAAUCUUAUGGGCAAAGAUGAGCUCACAGCCAACCUGAAAGUGAUCAGUUCCUCUGGUGUUGUUCUGGAGUCUCAGAGUGAGACUCUCAGCAUGCAACAGCUUCAGAUGCUGGAGGAUCGCAACCGCUACUCUCGCACUGAGGUUGUGGAGGAGACUACCUCCCAGGCUCCCGUCUUCACCACCUCUGUCAAGAAUCUUGAAAUCCUUGAGGGACAGCGAGCUCACUUUGAGGCUCGUCUCAUCCCCACCUCUGAUCCAACCAUGAAGGUUGAGUGGCUCCGCAAUGGUGUGCCUGUGAAGAGUGGCUCUCGUUUCACAGAGUACAAUGACUUUGGCUUUGUGGCUUUGGACAUCAUGUAUGCCUAUGCUGAGGACUCUGGCACCUACCAGUGUCGUGCCACCAAUGUUAAUGGCCAGGCUGUGACUUCUGCUACCCUCACAUGCCACACCAAGGAUGCUAUCAUUGGAGAAACCAUGAACCAGGAGGCCAUGGACAAGAUCUCACGCCUGGAGUCCCGCACUCACCGCACUGUGACCACUGAGGAGACCACCAGCCAGGCCCCAGUCUUCACCUCACCCAUGAGGGACCAGAAGCUCAUGGAGAAUGCUCCUCUUCACUUUGAGGCACGUCUUAUCCCUGUCGGUGAUCCUGACCUCAAGGUGGAAUGGUUCAAGAACAAUAUUCCCAUUCAGCAUGCUAAUCGUAUCUCCACCAUGCAUGACUUUGGCUAUGUUGCUCUGGACAUGAAGUAUGUGAAGCCCGAGGACACUGGCACCUACACCUGCCGUGCCACCAACAAGCUGGGCCAGGCUGUCACUUCAGCCACACUGGUUGUCACCUCCAAGGAAUCUCUCCUGUUGGAAUCUCAACACACUGAGGCUCUGGAGAAGAUCCGUUAUCUGGAAGAUGCCUCUCGCCACACCAGGUCUGCUACAGAAGAGACUGUCAUCACUCAGGCACCCAAGUUUGUUGUAGAGCUGUCUGGACUGACACAGCUGUGGGAGGGCCAGAGUGCCCACAUGGAGUCUCGCCUGGAGCCAUACCCUGACCCCACCAUGAAGGUGGAGUGGUUCCACAAUGGCCAAGCUCUCCAGAUUGGCCACAGAUUCAGGACAAUGUACGACUUUGGCUUCUGUGCCCUGGACAUCCUGCAGGCCGUGGCUGAGGACUCUGGCACUUAUGAGUGCCGUGCCACCAAUCGUGUUGGCACUGCCACUUCCACUCUGACAAUUGGUGUCAAAUCCAAGAGUGAUUUCAUUGUGGAGACCCAGCAUCCCGAGGCCAUGGCACAGAUCAGCCGCCUGGAGCAGAAGGCACCAAGCAAACGCCCUGAGGAUGUCCCAAUGAUUGAGAAACCCAACUUUGGACGUGCCCUGAAGAACCAGGAGAGGCUGAUUGAAGGCCAGUCAGUUCACUUGGAGGCCACUCUCACCCCUGUCAAUGACCCAACAAUGAAGGUUGAAUGGUUCUUCAAUGGACAACCAAUUCCAUCAGGCCAUCGUUUCCGCACAACCUACGACUUUGGCUUCGUCGCCUUGGACAUCCUGUAUGCCUACCCUGAAGACUCUGGAACUUAUAUGUGCAAGGCCACCAAUGUAGCUGGCCAGGCAGUCACCUCAUGCAACAUCGGGGUGGAGGCUACUGAUAGCAUGCAGCUCGACACCCUGGACGAGCAGCGCCUUAGCAAGAUCCGAAAGCUGGAGCAGGUGAGCGACGUGACACAGGAGGUGAAGCAGGAGGUGUUCAAGAAGCCCGUGUUCACCACCCCUCUUAUCAGCGUGGACAACCUGAAGGAGGGCGAGCGUUGUCACCUGGAGUGCCGCCUGGAACCCAUCAAUGACCCGCACAUGAAGGUGGAGUGGUUCGUCAAUGGCGUGGAGAUCAAGACUGGUCACCGCUUCCGCACCACCCAUGAUUUUGGCUACGUGGCCCUGGAUGUCCUCUACACCUACGCUGAGGACUCCGGCAACUACCUGUGCAAGGCUACUAACAAGGUGGGAGAGGCUGUCAACUCCUGCAGUGUCAAUGUGGCUGCCCGCCGUAACAUCUACAUGGACACACAGCAUCCCCAGGGAUGGGAGAAGAUUCAGAGCUUGGAGCAGAGGCCCAAGUAUGAGCGCAUUGAGGUUGCUGAUGCUCCUCUGUUAGCUCCUCGGUUCACCUCUGAGCUCCGGGGCAACACUCAGCUCUCUGAAGGACAACAUGUUCACCUGGAGGGCCGUGUGGAGCCUGUGCAUGACCCCACCUUGCGUAUUGAGUGGUACCACAAUGGCCAGCUUCUGCAGUCUGCUGCACGCUUCCACACCACAUUUGAUUUUGGUUAUGUGGCUCUGGACAUCACUGGUGUGUACCCUGAAGACUCUGGCGAAUACACCUGCCGAGCUGUUAACAAGAUUGGUGAAGCUGUGUCCAAGAUCACCUUUAAAGUGGAAGGCAAGGAGGGCGUGAUCUACGAGUCUGCUCGGCCUGAAGGUCUGGAGAAGAUUCGUCAGCUGGAGGACUCCUCUCGCCCUGCACCUGCACCUGAGGAGACUCGCACCUUCCAGCGUCCAGUCUUCACUCAGCCUCUUCAGAACCUGGACAACCUCACUGAGGGUGAACUUGCCCACUUUGAGUGUCGCCUCAUCCCUGUUGGUGACCCCAAGUUGAAGGUGGAAUGGUUCAGGAAUGAGAAGCCCAUAGAGACAAGCUCCCGCAUUAACCGCACCCAUGACUUUGGAUAUGUUGCCCUGGACAUCACCGGAGUGCGUGCUGAUGAUGAAGGAAUUUACAUGUGCCGUGCCUCCAAUGAUCUGGGAGAAGCUGUCACCACUGCCUCAAUCAAGAUCAAAACACAUGCCAAUAUCAUGAUGGAUUCACAGCAUCCAGAAGGCAUGAAGAAAAUCAAGGCUCUGGAAGAUCGCAAGGCAGAUGAACCCACUGCUGCUCCUGACAAGGUUUAUGACAAGCCAGUGUUCACCAACAACCUGACUGGCCCGGAGCAAGUCAUGGAGGGCCAGCAUGCCCACUACGAGUGUCGUGUGGUGCCUGUCGGAGAUCCCAACAUGAGAUUUGAGUGGUACUGCAAUGGUGUUGAACUGAAGAUGGGCUCAAGGUUCACCACCAACCAUGACUUUGGCUAUGUGACUUUGGACAUUCUCCACUGUGUGCCUGAGGAUUCUGGUGUGUACAUGUGCAAAGCAAUCAACAAGGCUGGUGAGGCAGUCAGCUCCUGCACCACCAGAGUCAUUGCCAAGGGCAGCAUUCUGGGAGAUGCUCUCCACCCUGGUUGGGAGACCAUCAAGCUCCGUGAGGCACAGUGGAACAGAGUGCCUGAGACACCAACCUCUCCUGAGCACCAAGAGCCACCCAUGUUCACUAAGCACCUGGAGAGCUUUGAGCGUCUGCAGGAGGGUGGCAACUUGAGGCUGGAGGCUCAGGUGCAGCCAGCCCGUGAUCCCUUCCUCAGCAUCGAGUGGUUCAAGAAUGGUGUUCAGCUGGCCACUGGCGCUGGAGGCAUUGUGGGCUCCUACAAUGAAGGUACUCGCUGCCGCAGCACAUUUGACUUUGGUCAUGUGACACUGGACAUCUCUGGGCUCCGAGAGAAUGACUCUGGCAUCUACACUUGCAAGGCUGUCAACCGUGUGGGGGAGGCUGUGUCCACCUGCAACAUCAAGGUCUUUGAUCGCCACUGGCUCAUUGGGGACUCCAUGCAUCCUGAUGCUCUGAAGAAGAUUGCAGAUCUGGAGACACCACAGACUCAAAGUGUCCAGACUACUGAGCCUGUCUUUGAAGUCCCGAUGUUCAUCUCCCACCUGAAUGACGUAGAGUGCCGAGAGGGUGACAAUGCUCACUUUGAGUGCAGAGUUGAGCCCUCCCGUGACCCGACUAUGAAAAUUGAGUGGUUCAUCAAUGGCAAACCCAUGAGGGCAGCUGCACGUUACGCUGCACAGUACGACUUUGGGUUCGUGUCCCUGGAUUGUACUCACUGUUAUGCCGAGGACUCUGGUGUGUAUACAUGCCGUGCCACCAACUCAAAGGGCUCAGCCUCCACCAGUGGCACCUUGAAGUGCCUCAGCAAGGCUAACCUAUACCUCGACACCCAGCAUCCGCAGGGCAAGGCCGGCCUCGAGAAGGUGGAAGAGGCUGAACGAGCUUACUGGGCAAAAUACCAGAAGCAGGUAUCUGAGCAGGAAGUCAGCUAUCCAAAGCCAUUCUUCAUCAGGCCUCUGCAGCCCAGUUUCUCUCUCAAUGAGAACCAGGCUCUGCAUAUGGAGGCCAACGUGGAACCCAAGCAAGAUCCCGACCUGAAGAUUGAAUGGUUCCUGAAUGGCAAAGUCUUGGAGCAGGCUCACCGCUUCAAGACCACCUAUGACUUCGGCCUUGUCACCCUCGACCUGGAUGAUGCUUAUGAACGGGACCAGGGCAUUUACACUUGCCGUGCCUUCAACAAGCACGGUGAAGCUUUCAGCACCUCUACUGUUGUUGUGGGCAGCAAGGAUGUCCUCAUUGAGGCCACACAGCAUCCAGCUGGUGAGGCAGGUCUGGAUGCCAUCCAGAAAAUUGAAGAGAAGAAUCUGCGUCGUGAUGACCGUCUCCUGCCUGAUGAGGAGGGACACCCACCAAUGUUCACCAAGCCCUUCAAGGAUCUGAGCAACAUUGAAGAGGGUGAAGUUGCCCACUUUGAGGGGCUGCUCAUUCCUCUGGGUGACCAGACUAUGCGGGUGGAAUGGUUCUUCAAUGGUGAGCCCCUCAAGGCCUCACACAGGUUCCGUACUGUGUAUGCCUUUGGAGUCGUCAUUCUUGAAAUCAUUGGAACCAAGAUUUCCGACUCUGGUGAAUACACAUGCAAGGCCCACAACAAAUGGGGCAAAGCUGAGUGUUCCGUCAAGCUGGAAUGUGUUGACCGGGCCCAUGGCCAGCCACCCAAGUUCACCACUCACCCACAAAGCCUGUCAGGCCUCAAGGAUGGUGACUCUGCUCACUUUGAGUGCACUCUCAUCCCUGUUGGUGAUCCCAACAUGAAGGUGGAAUGGUUCCACAAUGGUGAACCUCUCCGUAAUGCCACUCGCAUCAAGACUGUGAGUGACUUUGGUUUUGUGGUGCUGGACAUCUCAUACCUGCAGAACCAUGAUGCCGGAGAGUGGGUCUGCAAGGCCACCAACAAGUAUGGCUCUGACACCACCAAGGCAAACCUGAACUGCUUCGGCAUGGGAGGAGUGUACACUGACUCCCUUCAACCAGCCUCCCUGGAUAAGAUUGCAGCCCUGGAAGGCCACAAGGCUAGCUUGAAGCCUGGUGAUGCAGCACCAGCUGCAGAGCCACCAAAGUUCAUCACACACAUCACCAACAUUGACCGACUUGUGGAGGGACAGAGUGCUCACUUUGAGGCUCGAUUGAGGCCAAUCAACGACCCCAACCUUACAGUUGAGUGGUUCAGGAACGGCAAGAAACUUCCAACAGGCCACCGCUACAGGACCUUCCAUGACUUUGGCAUCGUUAUCUUGGACAUCCUGUACUGUUAUGAGGAGGACUCAGGCGUGUAUGAAGCACGUGCAGUCAACAAGCUGGGAUCAGACAAGACUACUGCCAACUUGAAGUGUUUCAGUAAAACUAACUUGAUUCUGACCCCACAAGUGCCCAAGAGUAUGGAAGGAGGCCUUGAGAAGCUACAAAACCUUGAGGACUCUGCUUGGACUCGCCGUGACUCUGUGACCUCUGAGAGAGCUGGCAUGGCACCAAAGUUCACUGUUCCUCUGAGCAACAUUGAGAACUUGAAGGAAAGUGAGAAUGCUCACUUUGAGGCUCGUCUAGUGCCCACAGAUGAUCCUCGCCUGAAGGUUGAGUGGUACUGGAAUGGCAAGCCCAUGAAGCACAGCUCCAGAAUUCGCCAGUUCUGUGACUUUGGCUUUGUCAUAAUGGAAAUCUCUCCCAUCUAUCCUGAGGACUCUGGUGAGUACAUGUGCCGAGCCUACAAUGACUAUGGUGAGGCUGUCACCAAGGCAACGCUGAAGUGUGAAGGCAAGCGCUCCAUCAUCCUGGAGACUCAGCUGCCGAAGUCCAUGCAGAAGGGCAUGGAAAAGAUUGCAGAACUUGAGGGCUUGAUGAUCAAGUCUCCUGACCUGGGCACACCUUCAGAUGCUGGUCAGCCACCUCAGUUCAUCACUCAGCCACAAGACACUUCCAUCACUGAGAAUGGACUUGCUCACUUUGAGUGCAGACUACAGCCGGCAAAUGACCCUGACCUUCGUGUUGAGUGGUACCACAAUGGCCGGCCUCUGUGUGCUGGCUCCCGCAUCAAGACAAUCAAUGAUUUUGGCUUUGUUAUCCUGGAAAUAGCCAACUGUUACACCAGGGAUGCUGGCACCUACACCUGCCGUGCUGUGAACAAACAUGGAGAAGCUUCUGUGGAAUGCAAGAUGUUUGUCUCUAGCAAGAGUAGCAUUGUCCUUGAGCCACAAGCUACCAUGAAGUUCAAGGGGCUUACUGAAGCCCUUCAGAAGCUUGAGGAAGACAAAUAUAAGAAGGAAGCUGUGCCUCAGGAUGAGGAGAAGCCUUGUCCUCCAAGAUUUGUUACUGAGUUGCAGGACAUCCAUGAUCUUGUUGAGGGUCAACCUGCUCACUUUGACUGCCGCGUGGAGCCUGUGGGCGACCCAACCAUGCGCAUUGAGUGGUUCCACAAUGGCAUGCCAGUCAAUGCUGGAUCCCGUGUUCACAUGAUGGAUGACUUUGGCUUUGUUGUGCUUGACCUGGAGUGGACAUUUGCCCGUGACACUGGGGAGUACAUCUGCCGUGCCACCAACAAGUGGGGUCAGGCCACCACCAAGGCCAUGCUCAAUGUUCGCUUCAAGCACAAUGUUGACACCAACACUCAGCUGCCACAGGGCAUGACUGCUGAGAAGCUGAAGGAGUUGGAGCGUGGACCUCUGACUGAGAGACAUGAUAUUGAUGAGGAAAUGAAGCCUCCCAAGUUCACUGUACCAAUCAAGAACCAGAGUCUGCAGGAAGGUGAGCGUGCCUUCUUUGAGGCUCGUGUGGAACCCCGCAAUGACCCCAACCUACAGGUUGAGUGGUACUAUAAUGGCAAGGUUCUGCAGACUGGGCACCGCUUCAGGACCAGCUUUGAGAUGGGCCAUGUCACCUUGGAACUCUUGUACACCUAUGCUGAGGACUCUGGAGAGUACACCUGCCGUGCCUUCAACAAGCUCGGCCAGGAUACCACCAAGGCUACUCUCAAGACCAAGGCGAGCCAGUCAGUGGUGGUCAUGUCCCAGGUCCCCAAGGGCAUGAAGGCUGGUAUGGACUUUGCCACCCAAAUGGAGGAGACCCUGAAGAAGUACUGCAAGGAGGUCAUGCUCACCCCAGAAGACAUUUAUGAUGAAGAAAAACGGCAGCCUCCUCGCUUUGUAACUCACAUCAAGGACAUCAGUGACCUCAAGGAAAUGGAAGAGUUCAAGUUUGACUGCCAGUUGGCUCCUGUCGGUGAUCCCAACAUGAAGGUUGAAUGGUUCUUCAAUGGCCGCCCACUUCCAUUCAAGAAUCGCUUCACUCCCAUCUAUGAUUUUGGCUACGUUGCUCUCGUCAUGAACUGGGUGUUUGGUGAGGACUCUGGUGAAUACUUGUGCCGUGCCACCAACCUGUGGGGAAUGGAUGAGACCCGAGCCACCCUCAAGGCCACUGGGCGCCCAGGUGUCAUCUAUGAAUCUCAGAUCCCUAAGGGCAUGCAGUCCCUCGAGAAGAUCAGGGAGCUUGAAGCCUCUAUGCUGGCGCAUCGUGAGACCACCGUGGAGGAGGAGAAGCAGCGGUGUAAGCCUGAGGUGCUGAAGAAACCAGAGAGCCUGGUGGUACAGGAGGGAGACUGGGCUCGCUUCAGCAUCCGUGUGUCUGGCCAUCCACGUCCAAGAGUCAUGUGGAUUGUUAACGGCAACACUGCAAUGAGUGGCAACCGCUUCAAGAUCUGGUAUGAUGGCAUGUACCACCUAGACAUCCCCAAGACCCGCCAGUAUGACAAUGGCAAGGUGGAGGUCAUUUGCCGCAACUCCCUGGGUGAGACAUAUGCCUGCUGUGAGCUGAAGGUGAACCCACGCCAGGAUGACUACCGUGCUGUUCUCAAAAACUCCCCCAGGCCCUGGUAUGACACUGACCUCAAGAGUUAUCAGAAGGAACGCAAGGAGACUGAACUUGAGCGUGUCUUUGAGGAAAAGAUUGACACUGAUUACUCCAUCCUCCAUGAGUCCAAAUUUGGUGAAUACAUGGCCAAGCCCAUGGAUAAGACUGAAGAGACUGAGUGGCAGAAGCUGGCUAAGAAGAAGAAGGCUGGAGAGAAAAUCAAGGAGCUGGAGGACUCCCAGAGGGCCAAGGGCAAGAAAGACAUCAUGUUUGCCUCACCAGCAGAGCAUGCUGCUCAACAUUCUUUGGCUAAGGGCAUGGCCUCCCGUUAUGAAGAAUCACUUUCGGAAGGUGACUCAAGACAGCCUAAGUAUGAGAGGCCACCAAGACAUGUCCUCAGGGAUGUGGAUGAGAUGCGCCAUGACGAAGAAACUCUCCGCAAGUUUGAGACGGAACCUUCAGAGUCCACUGUCCAUGGCAAGGAGAUCCACACAACUACACAGCGCCAGACUCAGAAGGAGAAGCAGGGAGACAUGGAGAUCCACCGUAAGAUUACUGCCACCGACAAGACAGAGGUUGAGCACAAGGCCAAGACCACUGAGCGUCUGGUUCAGGGCCAGCCUCAGAAGCCUGCCAAGCCUCCAUUUUUCACCAAGAAGAUCCAGCCAUGCAGAGCCUAUGAGAGAGAGCCUGCUCGCUUCAUGGUGGAGUUUGACGGUGAUCCCAUGCCCACCGUUCAGUGGUAUCGUGAAGAUUUCCUCAUCACCAGCUCUCCCGACUUCCUCAUUCACACGUUUGGUGACAAGAGCAUCCUGACCAUCCGUGAGGUCUUCCUUGAGGACUCUGGAGUCUUUGCUGUGGUGGCUGAAAAUCGUGGCGGUCGUGCCAAAUGUUCUGCCAACUUGGUGGUGGCUGAACGCAAGCAGAGUAGGGCAGGACCUGUGCCUCCCAGCUUUGACCAAACCAUUCAGGACACACAGAGCAAUCCAGGCAAUCUGGUGAGGCUGGAUGCUAAGAUCCUCGGCACAGGUCCCAUUGAUGUCUACUGGCUCAAGAAUGGGCGCAAGCUGACCCAGGACAAUCACUUCAAGAUGCUAAUAGAAGGUGACUCAUACACUCUCAUGAUCCUUGAAGCUGUACCUGAGGAUACUGCUUCCUAUGAGUGUGUGGCCAUCAACAAGGCUGGUGAAGCCCGCUGCCAGGCCACUGUCGAGAUUAGUGGUCCACCUUCACCCAAGGCCAAAGAGGCCCCCGCCAAGACCACUGGACCCCCUCAGGCCCCCAAGAUUGUCCAGAAGGCUAAGGCCCAUAUUGUACAGGAAGGACAGCCUGUCUUCUUUGAUUGCGUCAUCACAGCCAAUCCAAAACCCACAAUCCAGUGGAUGAAGGGUAAUGAGCCCAUCAAGCCCAGCAAAUACUUCACCAUGACUGCUGAUGGCGAUCGGUAUGGUCUCCGCAUCUCAGAGGUCUUCCCUGAGGAUGAAGGAAGCUACUCCUGUGUGGCUACCAAUCCAGGUGGCAAGGCUACCGUACAGACGAAACUGCAGGUGACACAGCCCCAGCAGUCUGAGGUGGCCCCCACUGUGGCCCCUAUGGAACCUGUGACAGUGAAGGAGGGCAAGGGAGUCCGCUUCAACACAGUGGUGAUGGGCACCCCGAAGCCCACCGUCCAGUGGUACCGUGAAGGAUCGCUCAUCCCCAACUCCAAGGACUUUGUGAUGUUCAUGGAGGGCAACUCAGCCGUCCUAGACGUCAAGGAAACCUACCCCGAGGACUCCGGCACCUUCACCUGCCGGGCUACUAACUCCGCUGGACAGGCCGAGACCUCCGUCUUGCUCACGGUCAAAAGUUCUUACACAGAGGAGGAGGAUCAUGCUCGCCUUACGCACCGCGUUCAGGAGAGGGAGUCUCGUAGGCGCCGCUGGGAGUCUCCGAGUCCCGCCAGGUGGUGUUCGCUCAGUCCCGCUAGGCCGGGUCGGGACAAAAGUAUUCCAGGAAGAGGCUUUACACCUAGAAGAGAGGAGGAUUUGGAAAGAAGGAAGAGAGAAAGAGUGCCAUGGCUCGCAGAAAAGAAAACAGAGGACAUAAGCUCAGCAGCAUCUAGGUUGAAAAGAACCCCAGCACCAUUUGCACCAAAAGAAAUUGAAAAAUAUUCACUUCCCAAAGUGGGACUCAAGAAAACUGCACAAGAUACGAUAUCAGAGGAACCUGGAAGCCCACAGCAGUUUGAAGAUGAUGAAGAUGAAUAUGAAUAUUACGAAGAUUAUGAUUAUGAUACUGAUGAAAUGCCAGAGGGUGAAUAUUGGGACCUCGAGGAGUACGAACCGCCAAAGCAAGAACCUAGUCAGAGGGGAAGGCCUCGCAUAGUUAAGGGAAAGUUCCCACGCAGGCCUCAGGAUGGGUCAGAGCCCAAGCCUGGAAAGAGGCCCAUCUUACGAAGGAGGAGAGUGAGACCUGAAGAAAAGACUCCUGAGGAAAUGCAUUUGAAACCUGGCAGACGGGUUCCCAAGGCACCCCUUGAAGAAGGUGAAAAACCUCACCUUAUGCCUUUCCAAAAGAAGCAGCUGGAGAAGAAAGAUGAGCCUGGAACCAUGCCAUGGAGAACCAAGAGGACACCUUCAAAGGAGGUAGAUGACAGGAAAGCUUUCCCAUCUGAAGAUAUUGCCAAACAAGAGCCAGACCUUGGAGAAGAAGAUGGGGAAGAUUAUUAUGAAUAUUAUGAAGACUAUGAUUAUGAUUCUGACGAGAUUCCAGAAGCUGAAUAUGGCGAUAUUGGAGAAUAUGAACCACCGAGACAAGAACCAAGCCAGAGGGGUAGGUCCCGCAUGGUGAAGAGGAGGCAACCACACAUGUCACAGGAUCAGGAAGAACCUAAGCCAGGAAAAAGGCCAAUCUUGCGCAGGAGGAGACUGAGGCCUGGGGAGAAGCCUGGUGAAGAGGUGCUCUUGAAGCCUGGCAGACGAAUUCGUAAGGCUCCUGAGGAAGGAGAGACAACCAGACUCAGACCUUUUGAAAAGAGGAAGCCAGAGGAGAAAGAAGAGCCGAGAACCAUGCCAUGGAGGACCAAGAGGCUGCCUUCAAAGGAUAGAAAGGAACCUCUGCAACCACAUACAGAUCUCCCAGAAACUACUAAAGAAGAACCAGGGAAACCUGCCCUCAAAGACAAAGAUAUCAAAGAUAAAAGAAAGACACCCCAAGAUUAUAUUGGAUUAGAUGAUCAAGCACAUUUAGAACAUGUAGAAACAAUUGAAGAGGAUGAUCUAAGGCAAGCAGAAGAAUUUCAAAAACCAAAAUCAAGAAAACCAAGAGUUCCUCUACCUCAAAAAGAGGAAUUCACAAUACCUAAGGUGCCUCUCAGGAAAACAGUACCUAAACAGUUUGUUCCUGAAGAAGAAACACUGGAAUCAGUUAAUCUUCAACAUGUAGAAAAGCCCAAGAAGCCAACACCUAAACGUGAAAGACGACAGUGGAGUCCAUUGCCAGAGACUGAUAAGUACAGUCCAGAGGAAGUUCCUGAAAAGGAACCUGUGGAACUUGAAGAGCCUGAUUCAUACAAAAUAAUAAGAGAACCAAGAGAAGAUGAGGAGCCUGAGGAAGGUGUAUACCAAAGGGAACCCAAAGAACAAUCCCUGCUAGAAGAUGAGAAGAAACGAAAGAUUAGAAAAGGGCAAUGGCCGCCUGCAAAAGAAGAGGAAGAGGAAGAGGUAACAUUUAAGCCAAGAAGACGCUUACCUAAACAGCCGGAAGAGGAGAGUGAAAAGCCACAGCUGAAACCUACUCCUAAGAAAAAGACAGAACCGAAGGAAAAGGAAACUAUUCCAAGCAGGCCAGGCAAAAGAACACCUCAAAGUCUUCCUGAGAGGGAACAAGUAGAACUAGAACCAUUUGAAGGAGUGGAACCACAGGUCCCAGGAAAGGAGGAAGUCGAUUUGGAGAAGCCUAGAAAGCCAAAGAGAAAAGAAAAGGAUAGACCAUUGGAGGAAAGAGAUACUUCUCUUCCAGAGGAAGACGUAGAACCUGAAGAGGAUGAUGAAACAAAGCCAAGAAAGGAUAGAAAGAAGCCUGUCAAGAAGGAGGAUGAGCCUGAAACUCCUUCGUGGCGAGGCAGGAGACUCCCACCUAAGGAUGAAGAGAGAGAAACAGUGGAAUUGAAGCCUUUUGAAAGGGAGAAGCCAGAUGAACCCAAGAAGAGACCCAAGACCAAACCUAGAUGGCCUUAUGAGCCUGAAGUUCCUGAACCCGAAAAGACUCGUCGAGAGCUCCCAUGGACGCCUGAGAGAGUAAAAGUACCUGAUGGCAUUCCAGAUGAUACAAAAGGAGUGGAGGAUGAAGAGCCACUUGAUGAGAAGGAACCGCUGAAACCUAAGAAAGAAAGAAGGAAACCCGAUGAGGAGAAAGAGGAUGAAACUCCAUCAUGGAGAGGACGAAGGAUUCCAAAAGAUGAUGAGAAGGAAGAUAUACAGUUAAGGCCAUUUAAAAAGGACAAACCCAAGCAACCCAAGCCAACACCCAAAGACAAACUGGGUAAAUCAUAUGAACCAGAAAUUCCUGAGACAGAGGAAGUUCCUCAAGAACCGUAUAAAAAACCGAGAAAAUACAAACCCCCUCAAGAAGAUGGUGAACCAGCUGAGCCUCAAGAUGCUGAGGAAUAUUUAUCAGAUGGCAGACCACAACCAAAGAGAGAAAAGCCGAAACCAGAAGAGGAUGAUAAACCCAGAUUCCCACCAUGGAGAGGCAAGAGAAUCACUCGUGGAGAGGAACAAACAGAGGAAAUACAGUUGAAGCAUGUGCCUCAUCAACCUGGUAAACCAGAAGACUUUGAUGGUAUGGUACCUGAAGAAAUGCCAGAGGAGCCAAGCAUUACUGAGAUCUAUGAUGAAUUUUACGAGGUUGAUGACACAAUAGAGGGUCAGUAUGAAGUAAUUAAAGAGGAAGUCACGAGAUUUGGCACUAGAGUAAUAAAACGUCGUCCAAAGCCAAAGCCAAAAACAAAAAUAACUGAAGAGAAGACUACUGAGAAGCAGAUUAUUGAAUCUAAACUGACUUCCGAAAAGAAGGUUUCUGAAGAGACUGAGGAUGUAGAAGAUAAGACAGAGACAGAAUAUGAAGUAAUUGAAGAGAUCGUCACUACAGAUGGUAGAUUGAUAAGACGUCGUCCAAAGCCAAAACCAAGAACAAAAAUAACUGGAGAGGAGAUAACAAAGGAACAGCCUACAAUACCAAAGGUAACGCUCAAAAAGAAAGUUCCUGGAAAGUUUGUUACUCAGGAAGAAACCAUUGAAACAGUGGAGCUGAAGCAUGUUGAGAAGCCCAAGAAGCCAAAAACAGUACGUGAGAAGCGUCAGUGGGAUACCUUUGGUGAGACCGAAGAAACAGUUAUUGAGGAGCUAACUGAAAAGGAACAUGUGGACCUUGAAAGACCUGAGACAUUUGAGACAGUGGAAAGAUUUGAGACUCAAGAUGAUCAAACCAUUGAAAAAUAUCAACGCACUGUAAAAGAGGAGACCGUUAUUGAGGAAGAUAAAAAACCUAAGAUUAAGAGAGGGCGAUGGCCUCCUACACAGGAAGAGAAAACGGAAGAGGUGAGGCUAAAGCCAGGAAAGCGUUUGCCAAAGCGACCUGAGGAGGAAAAGGAGGAACCACAACUGAAGCCUAUUCCCAAGAAAAAAGCCAUGCCUGAGGAAAAAGAAAUGGUACCUGGUAAGCCAGGCAAAACAAGACCUCAAGAUCUUCCUGAGAGUGAGCAGGUACAAUUGGAACCAUUUGAAGACAUGGAGCCACAGGUUUCAGAGAAAGAGGAAGUCACUUUGAAAAAGCCUAGGAGACCAAAGGCUGAUAGAAAGGACAAACCUCUGAAAGACACAAGAGUUCCUGUUUCAGAAGAAGACUCACAGUUUGAAGUGGAAGAUGAAACCAAACCCAAAAAAGAAAGAAAGAAGCCAGAAAUGGAGGAAGAAGAGACUGAAGUUCCUUCAUGGAGAGGCAGAAGACUUAAACCCAAGGAUGAAGAGAAAGAAACGGUAGAGUUGAAACCUUUCGAAAAGAAGAAGCCAGAAGAGCCCAAGAAGAAGCCCAAAACCAAACCUCGCUGGCCUUAUGAAACAGAAACUCAGGAACCAGAAAAGACUCCACAAGAUCUUCCCAAGAAACCAGAAAAAGAAGGAAUGCCAGAUGGUAUGCCAGAGGAACCAACUGAUAUUGAUGGCUACGAAGAAAUACAUGAGAUUGAUGAUACUACAGAGGCACAGUAUGAGAUAAUUAAAGAGGAAGUCACUAGAUUUGGCACUAGAGUAAUAAAACGUCGUCCAAAGCCAAAACCAAAAACAACAGUAACUCAAGAAAAGAUAACCGAAGAACAGGUUCCAGUAUCUGAAAUAACUCCCAAGAAGAAGCCUCCUGAAGAGACUGAGGAUGUGGAAGACAAGACAGAGACGGAAUAUGAAGUAAUUGAAGAAAUUGUUACCACAGAUGGUAGAUUGAUAAGACGUCGUCCAAAGCCAAAACCAAAACCAAAAACAACUGAAGAGGAGACUAUAGAGGAGCAGCCUACAAUGCCAAGAGUAACUCCCAAAAAGAGAGUUCCUGGAAAGUUUGUUACUCAGGAAGAAACCAUGGAAACAGUGGAGCUGAAGCAUGUUGAGAAGCCCAAGAAGCCGAAAACUGUGCGGGAGAAGCGUCAGUGGGAUACCUUUGGUGAGACAGAAGAAACAGUUAUUGAGGAGCUAACUGAAAAGGAACAUGUGGACCUUGAAAGACCUGAGACAUUUGAAACAGUGGAAAGAUUUGAGACUCAAGAUGAUCAAACCAUUGAAAAAUAUCAACGCACUGUCGAAGAGGAGACCAUUAUUGAGGAAGGAAAGAAACCUAAGAUUAAGAGAGGGAGAUGGCCUCCUACAGAAGAAGAAGAAAUGGAAGAGGUGAGACUAAAGCCAGGAAAGCGCUUGCCAAAGCGACCUGAGGAGGAAAAGGAGGAACCACAACUGAAGCCUAUUCCCAAGAAAAAAGCCAUGCCUGAGGAAAAAGAAAUGGUACCUGGUAAGCCAGGCAAAACAAGACCUCAAGAUCUUCCUGAGAGUGAGCAGGUACAAUUAGAACCAUUUGAAGACAUGGAGCCACAGGUUUCAGAGAAAGAGGAAGUCACUUUGAAAAAGCCUAGGAGACCAAAGGCUGAUAGAAAGGACAAACCUCUGAAAGACACAAGAGUUCCUGUUUCAGAAGAAGACUCGCAGUUUGAAGUGGAAGAUGAAACCAAACCCAAAAAAGAAAGAAAGAAGCCAGAAAUGGAGGAAGAAGAGACUGAAGUUCCUUCAUGGAGAGGCAGAAGACUUAAACCCAAGGAUGAAGAGAAAGAAACGGUAGAGUUGAAACCUUUCGAAAAGAAGAAGCCAGAAGAGCCCAAGAAGAAGAAGCCCAAAACCAAACCUCGCUGGCCUUAUGAAACAGAAACUCAGGAACCAGAAAAGACUCCACAAGAUCUUCCCAAGAAGCCAGAAAAAGAAGGAAUACCAGAUGGUAUGCCAGAGGAACCAACUGAUAUUGAUGGCUACGAAGAAAUACAUGAGAUUGAUGAUACUACAGAGGCACAGUAUGAGAUAAUUAAAGAGGAAGUCACUAGAUUUGGCACUAGAGUAAUAAAACGUCGUCCAAAGCCAAAACCAAAAACAAUAGUAACUCAAGAAAAGAUAACCGAAGAACAGGUUCCAGUAUCUGAAAUAACUCCCAAGAAGAAGCCUCCUGAAGAGACUGAGGAUGUGGAAGACAAGACAGAGACGGAAUAUGAAGUAAUUGAAGAAAUUGUUACCACAGAUGGUAGAUUAAUAAGACGUCGUCCAAAGCCAAAACCAAAACCAAAAACAACUGAAGAGGAGACUAUAGAGGAGCAGCUUACAAUGCCAAGAGUAACUCCCAAAAAGAGAGUUCCUGGAAAGUUUGUUACUCAGGAAGAAACCAUUGAAACAGUGGAGCUGAAACAUGUUGAGAAGCCCAAGAAGCCGAAAACUGUGCGGGAGAAGCGUCAGUGGGAUACCUUUGGUGAGACAGAAGAAACAGUUAUUGAGGAGCUAACUGAAAAGGAACAUGUGGACCUUGAAAGACCUGAGACAUUUGAGACAGUGGAAAGAUUUGAGACUCAAGAUGAUCAAACCACUGAAAAACAUCAACACAUUGUCGAAGAGGAGACUGUUAUUGAGGAAGGAAAGAAACCUAAGAUUAAGAGAGGGCGAUGGCCUCCUACAGAGGAAGAAGAAAUGGAAGAGGUGAGACUAAAGCCAGGAAAGCGCUUGCCAAAGCGACCUGAGGAGGAAAAGGAGGAACCACAACUGAAGCCUAUUCCCAAGAAAAAAGCCAUGCCUGAGGAAAAAGAAAUGGUACCUGGUAAGCCAGGCAAAACAAGACCUCAAGAUCUUCCUGAGAGUGAGCAGGUACAAUUGGAACCAUUUGAAGACAUGGAGCCACAGGUUUCAGAGAAAGAGGAAGUCACUUUGAAAAAGCCUAGGAGACCAAAGGCUGAUAGAAAGGACAAACCUCUGAAAGACACAAGAGUUCCUAUUUCAGAAGAAGACUCGCAGUUUGAAGUGGAAGAUGAAACCAAACCCAAAAAAGAAAGAAAGAAGCCAGAAAUGGAGGAAGAAGAGACUGAAGUUCCUUCAUGGAAAGGCAGAAGACUUAAACCCAAGGAUGAAGAGAAAGAAACGGUAGAGUUGAAACCUUUCGAAAAGAAGAAGCCAGAAGAGCCCAAGAAGAAGCCCAAAACCAAACCUCGCUGGCCUUAUGAAACAGAAACUCAGGAACCAGAAAAGACUGCACAAGAUCUUCCCAAGAAGCCAGAAAAAGAAGGAAUGCCAGAUGGUAUGCCAGAGGAACCAACUGAUAUUGAUGGCUACGAAGAGAUACAUGAGAUUGAUGAUACUACAGAGGCACAGUAUGAGAUAAUUAAAGAGGAAGUCACUAGAUUUGGCACUAGAGUAAUAAAACGUCGUCCAAAGCCAAAACCAAAAACAACAGUAACUCAAGAAAAGAUAACCGAAGAACAGGUUCCAGUAUCUGAAAUAACUCCCAAGAAGAAGCCUCCUGAAGAGACUGAGGAUGUGGAAGACAAGACAGAGACGGAAUAUGAAGUAAUUGAAGAAAUUGUUACCACAGAUGGUAGAUUGAUAAGACGUCGUCCAAAGCCAAAACCAAAACCAAAAACAACUGAAGAGGAGACUAUAGAGGAGCAGCCUACAAUGCCAAGAGUAACUCCCAAAAAGAGAGUUCCUGGAAAGUUUGUUACUCAGGAAGAAACCAUCGAAACAGUGGAGCUGAAACAUGUUGAGAAGCCCAAGAAGCCGAAAACUGCGCGGGAGAAGCGUCAGUGGGAUGCCUUCGGUGAGACAGAAGAAACAGUUAUUGAGGAGCUAACUGAAAAGGAACAUGUGGACCUUGAAAGACCUGAGACAUUUGAGACAGUGGAAAGAUUUGAGACUCAAGAUGAUCAAACCAUUGAAAAAUAUCAACAUACUGUCGAAGAGGAGACUGUUAUUGAGGAAGGAAAGAAACCUAAGAUUAAGAGAGGGCGAUGGCCCCCUACAGAGGAAGAAGAAACGGAAGAGGUGAGGUUAAAGCCAGGAAGGCGCUUGCCAAAGCGACCGGAGGAGGAAAAGAAGGAACCAGAGCUAAAGCCUAUUUCCAAGAAAAAAGACAUUCCUGAGGAGAAAGAAGCUGAAGAGAUACAACUGGAAACAUAUGAAGGCACGGAACCUCAGGUUUCAGAGCCACGCAAGAAACCAAAGAAGAAAAAGAGGGUUCUUGGAGAAAACAAAACUGAAGAAGAUGAAGAACAAACUUCAUUGAUUGAGGAGGCAGACGAACCAAAAGAAAAAACAGAGGAACAGGAGAAACCUGUUGGUGUUGCAAAGAAGCCAAAAAAGAAGAAACCACAGAUGUUCCAGGCACCUGAAGAGGAAAAUGUUGAAAUCUUUGGAGUUAAGCUUAGAAAGGCUUCUCAAAAUGUUUUCCAACCUGAGGAGGUGACUCUUGAGAAAGUGGAACUGGACCAUGUCGAGACACCAGAAGAACCUGAACCUGCACCAGUCGAAAAAAGGGUUUGGUCUCCACCACCUGAAUAUGAGAGCUAUGUUCCUGAGGAAAUUUCUGACAAGGAACCUGUGGAACUAGAGAAGUAUGAGCCAUUCAUUCCUGUGCCCACAACUAAAGAGGAAGAGGAGACUGAGAAGAAACCGUAUGAAAGGAAGCCGAAGGAAGAAACAGAGACUGAAGAGAUCAGGAAGAUGAAGCUUGGGAAAAGGAAAGAAAAACCAAAAGAGCCAGAAGAAGAAGACAAACAGUGGCGCGGAAGGCGUCGGCCAAAGUCUCCUGAGAAGGAACCAGAGGAACCUCACCUCAAACCAAUUUCCAAGAAAAAACCAGAGGAAGAAGACAAAGAAAAAGUGGCUCUUAAACCUAAAAAGAAACCCACAAAGGACCUUCCCGAGCGUGAGCCUGUCGAGCUUCAACCAUUUGAGCGUGGAGAGCCUGAGAUUAUCGAGAAAGAGAAGACUGAUCUUGAGAAGCCUCUCAAACCUCAACCUGAAACCAAAGAGAAGCCAGAAGAAAAGCCAAAAGCUUCAAAGCCAGACGACAAGAAGCCUUCCUUUGAAGAAGAAACGAAGCCCAAGAAGGAUAGAAAGAAGCCUGAGAAGAAGGAAGAAGAGCCCGAAGUACCCUCUUGGAGAGGAAAGAGACUUCCACCAAAGGAAGAGGAGAAGGAAGAGGUCAUACUUAAGCCCUUCGACAAAGAAAAGCCAGAGGAACCCAAAAAGAAACCUAAAACCAAACCUCGCAAACCAUAUGAGCCAGAAAUUCCAGAACCUGAAAAGACUCCCCUGGAGCCUUACAGCAAGCCUGAUCGAGAGAAGGUUCCUGACGAGGUCCCUCAAGAAGACAAACCAAAAGAUGAGAAAAAGGCUCCAGAAGAUGAAGAAACAAAAACAAGGAAGCCAAAGAAGAAGCCUGAUAAAGAAGAAGAGGAAGAGACUCCAUCAUGGAGGGGACGAAGGAUUCCUAAAGAUGAUGAGAAAGAAGAAAUUCAGCUCAAGCCAUUCAAGAAAGACAAGCCAAAGGAGCCUGAACCAACUCCCAAAGAUAAGCUGGGUAAACCAUAUGAACCAGAAAUCCCUGAACAUGAGAGGAUUCCUCUUGAACCACACAAGAAACCCAAGAAGAAAAAGAAGGCUCCUGGAGAAACCAAACCUGAAGAAGAGGCACCAACAGGUGAGGAGCAAGAAGAAUCAACAGAACAACCAGGAAAGCCUGAGGAGCUUGCAGAAAGAUCUGUUGACCUGCCAAAGAAACCAAAGAAGAAGAGACCACAGCUGUUCCAGGCACCAGAGGAAGAAAAUGUUGAAAUCUUUGGUGUCAAGCUCAGAAAGGCUUCUCAAAAUGUCUUCCAACCAGAGGAGGUGACUCUUGAGAAAGUGGAACUGGACCAUGUCGAGACACCAGAAGAACCUGAACCUGCACCAGUAGAAAAGAGAGUUUGGUCUCCACCACCUGAAUAUGAGAGCUAUGUUCCUGAGGAAAUUCCUGACAAGGAACCUGUGGAGCUAGAGAAGUAUGAGCCAUUCAUUCCUGUGCCCACAACUAAAGAGGAAGAGGAGACUGAGAAGAAACCGUAUGAAAGGAAGCCGAAAGAAGAAACAGAGACUGAAGAGGUCAGGAAGAUGAAGCUUGGAAAAAGGAAAGAAAAACCAAAAGAGCCAGAAGAAGAAGACAAACAGUGGCGCGGAAGGCGUCGGCCAAAAUCUCCUGAAAAGGAACCAGAGGAACCUCACCUCAAACCAAUUUCCAAGAAAAAACCAGAGGAAGAAGACAGAGAAAAAGUGGCUCGUAAACCUAAAAAGAAGCCCACAAAGGACCUUCCUGAACGUGAGCCUGUUGAGCUUCAGCCAUUUGAGCGUGGAGAACCUGAGAUUAUUGAGAAAGAGAAGACUGAUCUUGAAAAGCCUCUCAAACCUCAACCUGAACCCAAAGAGAAGCCAGAAGAAAAGCCAAAAGCUCCAAAGCCAGACGUCAAGGAGCCUUCCUUUGAAGAAGAAACGAAACCCAAGAAGGAUAGAAAGAAACCUGAGAAGAAGGAAGAAGAGCCCGAAGUACCCUCUUGGAGAGGAAAGAGACUUCCACCAAAGGAAGAGGAGAAGGAAGAGGUCAUACUCAAGCCCUUCGACAAAGAAAAGCCAGAAGAACCCAAAAAGAAACCUAAAACUAAAUCUCGCAAACCAUAUGAGCCAGAAAUUCCAGAACCUGAAAAGACUCCCCUGGAGCCUUACAGCAAGCCUGAUCGAGAGAAGGUUCCUGACGAGGUCCCUCAAGAAGACAAACCAAAAGAUGAGGAAAAGGUUCCAGAAGACGAAGAAACGAAAACAAGGAAGCCAAGGAAGAAGCCUGAUAAAGAAGAAGAGGAAGAGACUCCAUCAUGGAGGGGACGCAGAAUUCCUAAAGAUGAUGAGAAAGAAGAAAUUCAGCUCAAGCCAUUCAAGAAAGACAAGCCAAAGGAGCCUGAACCAACUCCCAAAGAUAAGCUGGGUAAACCAUACGAACCAGAAAUCCCUGAGCAUGAAAGGAUUCCUCUUGAGCCACACAAGAAGCCCAAGAAGAAGAAGAAGAAGGCUCCUGGAGAAACCAAACCAGAAGAAGAAGAAGAGGCACCAACAAGUGAGGAGCCAGAAGAAUCAACAGAACAACCAGAAAAGCCUAAGGAGCUUGCAGAAAGAUCUGUUGAUCUGCCAAAGAAACCAAAGAAGAAGAGACCACAGCUGUUCCAGGCACCAGAGGAAGAAAAUGUUGAAAUAUUUGGUGUCAAGCUCAGAAAGGCUUCUCAAAAUGUCUUCCAACCAGAGGAGGUGACUCUUGAAAAAGUGGAACUGGACCAUGUUGAGACACCAGAAGAACCUGAACCUACACCAGUAGAAAAGAGAGUUUGGUCUCCACCACCUGAAUAUGAGAGCUAUGUUCCUGAGGAAAUUCCUGACAAGGAACCUGUGGAACUAGAGAAGUAUGAACCAUUCAUUCCUGUGCCCACAACUAAAGAGGAAGAGGAGACUGAGAAGAAACCGUAUGAAAGGAAGCCAAAAGAAGAAACAGAGACUGAAGAGAUCAGGAAGAUGAAGCUUGGGAAAAGGAAAGAAAAGCCAAAAGAGCCAGAAGAAGAAGACAAACAGUGGCGCGGAAGGCGUCGGCCAAAGUCUCCCGAAAAAGAAAUGGAGGAACCUCACCUCAAACCAAUUCCCAAGAAAAAGCCAGAGGAGGAAGAAAAAGAAAAAGUGGCUCGUAAAACUAAAAAGGAGCCCACAAAAGACCUUCCUGAACGUGAGCCUGUUGAGCUUCAGCCAUUUGAGCGCGGGGAACCUGAGAUUAUUGAGAAAGAGAAGAUUGAUCUUGAAAAGCCUCUCAAACCGCAACCUGAACCCAAAGAGAAGCCAGAAAAAGAGCCAAAAGCUCCAAAGACAGAUGACAAGGAACCUUCCUUUGAAGAAGAAACAAAGCCCAAGAAGGAUAGAAAGAAACCUGAGAAAAAGGAAGAAGAGCCCGAAGUACCCUCUUGGAAAGGAAAGAGACUUCCACCAAAGGAAGAGGAGAAGGAAGAGGUCAUACUCAAGCCCUUCGACAAAGAAAAGCCAGAAGAACCUAAAAAGAAACCUAAAACUAAACCUCGCAAACCAUAUGAGCCAGAAAUUCCAGAACCUGAAAAGACUCCUCUAGAGCCUUACAGCAAGCCUGAUCGAGAAAAGGUUCCUGACGAGGUCCCUAAAGAAGACAAACCAAAAGAUGAGGAAAAGGCUCCAGAAGAGGAAGAAACAAAGCCAAAGAAACCAAGGAAAAAGCCUGAUAAAGAAGAGGAGGAAGAGACUCCAUUAUGGAGGGGACGCAGGAUUCCUAAAGAUGAUGAGAAAGAAGAAAUUCAGCUCAAGCCAUUCAAGAAAGACAAGCCAAAGGAGCCUGAACCAACUCCCAAAGAUAAGCUGGGUAAACCAUAUGAACCAGAAAUCCCUGAACAUGAGAGGAUUCCUCUUGAACCACACAAGAAGCCCAAGAAGAAAAAGAAGGUUCCUGGAGAAACCAGACCUGAAGAGGAAGAGAUACCGAAGCCCGAGGAGCCAGAAGAACCAAAAGAACAACCAGAAAAGCCUGAGAAGCCUGCAGAAAGACCUGUUGACCUGCCAAAGAAACCAAAGAAAAAGAGACCACAGCUGUUCCAGGCACCGGAGGAGGGCUGUGUUGAAGUGUUUGGUGUCAAGCUCAGAAAGGCUUCUCAAAACGUCUUUGUGCCAGAAGAGGUGACUCUCGAGAAAGUGGAACUGGAUCAUGUUGAGACACCAGAAGAACCUGAAGCUGCACCAGUAGAAAAGAGGGUUUGGACUCCUCCACCUGAAUAUGAGACUUAUGUUCCUGAGGAAAUUCCUGACAAGGAGCCUGUGAAACUAGAGAAGUAUGAGCCAUUUAUUCCUAUUCCUACACCUAAAGAGGAAGAGGAGAUUGAGAAGAAACCAUAUGAGAGGAAACCGAAGGAAGAGCCUGAGACAGAAGAGGUGAAGAAGAUGAAGCUUGGGAAAAGGAAAGAAAAACCAAAAGAGCCAGAAGAAGAAGACAAACAGUGGCGCGGAAGGCGUCGGCCAAAAUCUCCUGAAAAGGAACCAGAGGAACCUCACCUCAAACCAAUUCCCAAGAAAAAACCAGAGGAGGAAGAAAAAGAGAAAGUGGCUCGUAAACCUAAAAAGAAGCCCACAAAGGAGCUUCCCGAGCGUGAACCUGUUGAGCUUCAGCCAUUUGAGCGUGGAGAGCCUGAAGUUAUUGAGAAAGAAAAGAUUGAUCUUGAGAAGCCUCUCAAACCUCAACCUGAACCCAAAGAGAAGCCAGAAGAAGAGCCAAAAGCUCCAAAGACAGAUGACAAGGAACCUUCCUUUGAAGAAGAAACAAAGCCCAAGAAGGAUAGAAAGAAACCUGAGAAAAAGGAAGAAGAGCCCGAAGUACCCUCUUGGAAAGGAAAGAGACUUCCACCAAAGGAAGAGGAGAAGGAAGAGGUCAUACUCAAGCCCUUCGACAAAGAAAAGCCAGAAGAACCUAAAAAGAAACCUAAAACUAAACCUCGCAAACCAUAUGAGCCAGAAAUUCCAGAACCUGAAAAGACUCCUCUAGAGCCUUACAGCAAGCCUGAUCGAGAAAAGGUUCCUGACGAGGUCCCUAAAGAAGACAAACCAAAAGAUGAGGAAAAGGCUCCAGAAGAGGAAGAAACAAAGCCAAAGAAACCAAGGAAAAAGCCUGAUAAAGAAGAGGAGGAAGAGACUCCAUUAUGGAGGGGACGCAGGAUUCCUAAAGAUGAUGAGAAAGAAGAAAUUCAGCUCAAGCCAUUCAAGAAAGACAAGCCAAAGGAGCCUGAACCAACUCCCAAAGAUAAGCUGGGUAAACCAUACGAACCAGAAAUCCCUGAACAUGAGAGGAUUCCUCUUGAACCACACAAGAAGCCCAAGAAGAAAAAGAAGGUUCCUGGAGAAACCAGACCUGAAGAGGAAGAGAUACCGAAGCCCGAGGAGCCAGAAGAACCAAAAGAACAACCAGAAAAGCCUGAGAAGCCUGCAGAAAGACCUGUUGACCUGCCAAAGAAACCAAAGAAGAAGAGACCACAGCUGUUCCAGGCACCGGAGGAGGGCUGUGUUGAAGUGUUUGGUGUCAAGCUCAGAAAGGCUUCUCAAAACGUCUUUGUGCCAGAAGAGGUGACUCUCGAGAAAGUGGAACUGGAGCAUGUCGAGACACCAGAAGAACCUGAAGCUGCACCAGUAGAAAAAAGGGUUUGGACUCCUCCACCUGAAUAUGAGACUUAUGUUCCUGAGGAAAUUCCUGACAAGGAGCCUGUGAAACUAGAGAAGUAUGAACCAUUCAUUCCUAUUCCUACACCUAAAGAGGAAGAGGAGAUUGAGAAGAAACCAUAUGAGAGGAAACCGAAGGAAGAGCCUGAGACAGAAGAGGUGAAGAAGAUGAAGCUUGGGAAAAAGAAAGAAAAACCAAAAGAGCCAGAAGAAGAAGACAAACAGUGGCGUGGAAGGCGUCGGCCAAAAUCUCCUGAAAAGGAGCCAGAGGAACCUCACCUCAAACCAAUUCCCAAGAAAAAACCAGAGGAGGAAGAAAAAGAAAAAGUGGCUCGUAAACCUAAAAAGAAGCCCACAAAGGAGCUUCCCGAGCGUGAGCCUGUUGAGCUUCAGCCAUUUGAGCGUGGAGAGCCUGAAGUUAUUGAGAAAGAAAAGAUUGAUCUUGAGAAGCCUCUCAAACCUCAACCUGAACCCAAAGAGAAGCCAGAAGAAGAGCCAAAAGCUCCAAAGCCAGACGACAAGGAACCUUCCUUUGAAGAAGAAACGAAGCCCAAGAAGGAUAGAAAGAAACCUGAGAAGAAGGAAGAAGAGCCCGAAGUACCCUCUUGGAAAGGAAAGAGACUUCCACCAAAGGAAGAGGAGAAGGAAGAGGUCAUACUCAAGCCCUUCGACAAAGAAAAGCCAGAAGAACCUAAAAAGAAACCUAAAACUAAACCUCGCAAACCAUAUGAGCCAGAAAUUCCAGAACCUGAAAAGACUCCUCUAGAGCCUUACAGCAAGCCUGAUCGAGAAAAGGUUCCUGACGAGGUCCCUAAAAAAGACAAACCAAAAGAUGAGGAAAAGGUUCCAGAAGAGGAAGAAACAAAGCCAAAGAAACCAAGGAAAAAGCCUGAUAAAGAAGAGGAGGAAGAGACUCCAUUAUGGAGGGGACGCAGGAUUCCUAAAGAUGAUGAGAAAGAAGAAAUUCAGCUCAAGCCAUUCAAGAAAGACAAGCCAAAGGAGCCCGAACCAACUCCCAAAGAUAAGUUGGGUAAACCAUAUGAACCAGAAAUCCCUGAACAUGAGAGGAUUCCUCUUGAACCACACAAGAAGCCCAAGAAGAAAAAGAAGGUUCCUGGAGAACCCAGACCUGAAGAGGAAGAGGUAACGAAACCCGAGGAGCCAGAAGAACUAAAAGAACAGCCAGAAAAGCCUGAGAAGCCUGCAGAAAGACCUGUUGACCUGCCAAAGAAACCAAAAAAGAAGAGACCACAAUUGUUCCAGGCACCGGAAGAGGGCUGUGUUGAAGUGUUUGGUGUCAAGCUCAGAAAGGCUUCUCAAAACGUCUUUGUGCCAGAAGAGGUGACUCUCGAGAAAGUGGAACUGGAUCAUGUUGAGACACCAGAAGAACCUGAAGCUGCACCAGUAGAAAAGAGGGUUUGGACUCCUCCACCUGAAUAUGAGACUUAUGUUCCUGAGGAAAUUCCUGACAAGGAGCCUGUGAAACUAGAGAAGUAUGAGCCAUUUAUUCCUAUUCCUACACCUAAAGAGGAAGAGGAGAUUGAGAAGAAACCAUAUGAGAGGAAACCGAAGGAAGAGCCUGAGACAGAAGAGGUGAAGAAGAUGAAGCUUGGGAAAAGGAAAGAAAAGCCAAAAGAGCCAGAAGAAGAAGAUAAACAGUGGCGUGGAAGGCGUCGGCCAAAAUCUCCUGAAAAGGAACCAGAGGAACCUCACCUCAAACCAAUUCCUAAGAAAAAACCAGAGGAGGAAGAAAAAGAGAAAGUGGCUCGUAAACCUAAAAAGAAGCCCACAAAGGAGCUUCCCGAGCGUGAGCCUGUUGAGCUUCAGCCAUUUGAGCGUGGAGAGCCUGAAGUUAUUGAGAAAGAAAAGGUUGAUCUUGAGAAGCCUCUCAAACCUCAACCUGAACCCAAAGAGAAGCCAGAAGAAGAGCCAAAAGCUCCAAAGCCAAAGGAUGAAGAAAAGAUUCCACAAGACGAAGAAACAAAACCGAAGAAGCCAAGGAAGAAGCCUGAUAAAGAAGAGGAGGAAGAGAUUCCAUCUUGGGGAGGACGAAGGAUUCCUAAAGAUGAUGAGAAAGAAGAAAUUCAGCUCAAGCCCUUUAAGAAAGACAAGCCAAAGGAACCCAAACCAACUCCUAAAGAUAAGCUGGGUAAGCCAUACGAACCAGAAAUCCCUGAGCCUGAAAAACCUCCACAAGAACCAUUUGUGAAACCAGAGGAUGAAAAGAAACCAAAAAAGAAGCCAAAGAAGCCUAAAGAAGAUAAACCAGAGAAGCCUCUUGAGCCCAAGCCUGUGGAUCUUGAAGAAGAGGAGUUCUCUGAAAUUGAAGUGGAGAUCUUGGAGAUGGAGACCCCGAAGGAACCCACAACCAUAAAAUCAUUUAAGCGUGCCCACCAGAAGCCAAAAGAUGUUGAAGUUAUUCCCCCAUCUUUCUCACAGUCUCUGGAGCCCGUGGUAGUUAAGCCAUCUCACAAGUCUGUGUUCAAGUGUGAGGUGAAGGGAUACCCACCCCCUGAAGUGAAGUGGUACUUCAAUAGCUUCGAGAUCAUUCCCAGUCACAACAGAAUUAUUCGCUACGAGAACCGAGUGUCAACCUUAACCAUUGUGCGUACCACGGAAGACGAUGAGGGCAUGUACUCCUGCGAGGCCGUCAACGUGGCAGGCAAAGCCACCACCAUCGCCAACUUGGUGCUGGAAGCACGCAAAGACAAGCCUCGAGGGCACCCGCCGAAGUUCAUUGAGCCACUGAAGCCCCAGAGGGUGAAGCAUGGCUCAAGGACGGUCCUGGAAGCCACUGUCAAAGGCAACCCCACUCCAAGGGUGUUGUGGUAUCACCUUGAGAAAGAAAUUUUGCCUUCCCAAGAAUUUGUCCAGGAGUACGAUGCCACCACAGGGCGAGCUGCUCUCACUAUCAGUGAAGUGUUCAUUGAUGACACAGGAUUGUACCGCUGCCUUGCUGUGAACCAGCAUGGGCAAGAUGAAACUGCCACUUACCUUACAGUGGAGGACUUGGAAAUCCUGGAGAAGCAGGAGCUGAGACAAGCUCCUCGAAUUACCUUCCCACUCCAACCCCAGAUAAUAAAGAGAGCUUUUCCCUUAGUCCUCCAGGCUCGCUAUGAGGCCUUCCCACCACCUACUGUCAAGUGGUAUCACCAGGGCAAGGAACUAAAGCCCUCCCUUGAUUAUAAGAUCGAGCACUUUGAUGAUGAAACGACCCUCUGUAUGGAGGAAGUUUUCGAGGACGAUACUGGAGAGUACGAAGUAAAAGUUUUCAAUGAGGCUGGAGAAGCCAGAUCACUAGCUACAAUUAUUGUAACACAACCUGAAGAACUGAUUGAAAUGAAACCACCAGAGUUCAUCAAACCAUUACAACCUCAGAUAAUACCAGAAGGAGAGGUUGCCUUUUUGGAAGCUGAGGUAACCUCAAAGCCAGAGGCUGAAUUCACAUGGUACAGACAUGGCCAAAAAAUAACUGCUGAUGAAGAGAUUGAAGUACAGAUCACAAGUGGAGACAAUAAGACUUCUCUUGUUCUUGGGGAACUCUUUGAGGAUGACUCAGGUGACUACACUGUCACUGCCCAGAACCCCAUUGGCAGGGCCUCCUCCACAGCCACACUGCUGGUGGAGGGGGAGGGGGCAGAAGAGGCUGAGCCACCUGCCUUCAAUCCCCCUCUGACUCCCAUCCGAGUAAUGGAUGGGGACGAGAUUCGCUUUAAGUGCCGAGUCAUGGGACGCCCAAAGCCUCGGCUGCUGUGGCUCCAAAACGGCCGCCCAAUUGGUCACCACCGGGAGGUGCACUUAACCCAGACCCCCGAUGGACAUGCUGGGUUGGAGAUCAGUGAAGUAUUCCCAGAGGAUGCAGGAGACUACACCUGCAUAGCCCGUAACAAAGCUGGGGAAGCCCGAACCACAGCUAACCUGGCUGUGGAGUCUUAUGAGUACCAGCCUGAUUCUGAAGUAGCAACUGUAACCUCAGUCUCAGACAAGGCCAUUCUGUCUCCUUCUGAAGAAGAAACAGAGGAAAUUGAGAAGGGCUCGGAGUCAGACACCUCUGAGGCUGGCUCCUCUCCCUUCUUUGUCACAAAACUUGCGAAGGUGGUAGAGGUGAAGGAAGGCAGCCCUGUAAGGCUGAUCACGAAGCCCACUGGGUACCCUAAACCGACAGUCAAAUGGCACGUUGACAACAUGCCAAUUGAGACGACCGAGAAUGUUGCCUUGGAGACAUAUGAGGAUGGCACCACAGUUCUCAAUAUCCCUCACGCAACCCUGGACGACUGUGGAGAGUACACCUGUGAGGCUGUCAACAGGAAUGGCAUUGACACCACUGUAACCACUGUUGUUGUCCUCCAGGAACACACGGAGGAGACAUCCAAGCUGUACCGCAAGCCUGAAUGGGUGACUCGUAUGGAGGACCUCAAAGAGGCCAUGACAGCCAAACACACCAAACCAAAAUUCACACAAGAAAUUGAAGACUCACAUAUUAAGGAAAUGGAAACCGUCACAUUCACCACCACUUUCACGGGUAACCCCAAGCCAGACAUCAGCUGGUAUCAUAACAACAAGCUCAUUCGCCAGCACGCUUCCUACCAGAUGAGAGUCCGCAAUGACAAGGCAAUGCUAACGGUGGUUCAGGCGCGCCCUGAGAUGAAGGGAGAAUACACCUGCCGUGCAGUCAAUUCUGAGGGAGAGAUCUUCUCCAAAGCCACACUGGAAGUGACAGAACUGACCUUCGAAGAGAAGUUGAAGAUUGAUGAUGAAAGGUAUGCAGCUGUUCACAUCCAACAUGCUGCUGAGCAAAUGAAAGAAAAGGAGAGAGAGCGUGCUAUAAAAUUAAGGAAAGAACACCAUGAAGCCAUGGAAAGACUGAAGGUGGAGAAGCAGGAGCGUUCAGUCCAGCUUGAAAAGGAGCUUGAAGAAGCCAAAAAAAAGGCUUGGAAGCCCUUGGUUGAAGAAAAGAAAACUAAGGUCUUUACAUCUGCCAAGGAACGCUGUGUUGCAGAGGUUUAUACCAACUGGAAGGCUCCUGUGACUCUUGAGGAACGCUAUCCUGCCAUACAGCCCAAUGAAUUUGCUCCAAACCAGAUUCCUGGUGUGAAAUGUUUUGUGAAAGUUUCAGAGACAUCCAUCAAGGGUGAGGAGGUUGUCAAGGAUAUUGCUCCUCAGUUCUUUGAGGAAAAGGAAGUUAUCCAGGAACUAUCACAAAUUCAUACAAUGCUGAAGAGCAAUGUGAAAGUCAAUGAGAUCUGGGCAAAGUUCAGGGCUGGGGAGUUUAAGACUCUUCUCCAACCCAAGAUUCAACCAGCACUUGUCAAAAUUUGUGAGCACAUUGGCCACCAGAGGAAUGUGUCCAUUGUUUUAGCUCAAGAGACUCGGGAGCAGGCCAAGAAGCACCCUGUUGGCCUCAAAGCUUUCUUGCGCAUGGUGAAGCACGCUAAGAACAUCAAGCCAGACACUCUCUUCAAGGAGAUUGUCCCCAGAGAGAUGGGCUUGUUCUCCUCCACCACUCAGGAACUUACCAAGGUCUCUCAGAUGAUAAAUCAAGGAGUGGAGACUGAAGAGAUCAUUGCUUUCUGUGAGGCUGGAAAACUCCCAGCCUUGAAGAAGCCCGAGAGUCAGCAGCCACUAAUCAACAUUGUGGAGAAACAUGGCCACUCAGUCAUGGUUGCUCAGGUGUUAGUUGAGGAGGCUUACCGAGAAGCUAAAUAUGAGAAAGUGACGACAGAGGAGGCAACAGAGGUGAUUCACGAGGAGGAAGAGAAGAAGACCAUUAAGGUAUCCAAGGUCAAAUCAGAAAAAACAAAACCCAAGACAAAACCAAAACCAGACCAAGAUGAACAAAAAUCCACACCUGUUACAGUUGAGGAGAAACCUACACCUACUCUUGUUGAGGAACAGCCAGAACCAACACCCAAAACAGAGGAAGACAAAAAGACACCAAAACUCAAACACAAACCCAAAACAAAGAAAUUUGUCACAAAACACACAGAGGAGGUCACUGAAGAGGAAGUUUCUGAAACCCCUAAAGUUGAAGAAACGGACAUUACAGUCACACAGAUCGAAGAAUUUACAGAAAUACAUGAAACAUCUGUUCCAAGGAAACCAAAACCAGAAAAACCAACACUAAAACCAGUCAAAGAUGAACAAAGACCCACACAUCUUACAGUCGAGGAGAAACCCACAUCUACUUCUGUUGAGGAAAAGCCAACACCUGUUCCUGAACAGCCAGAACCAACACUCAAAACAGAGGAAGACAAAAAGACACCAAAACUCAAACACAAACCCAAAACAAAGAAAACUGUCACAGAACACACAGAGGAGGUCACUGAGGAUGAAGUUUCUGAAACCCCUAAGGUUGAAGAAACAGACAUUACAGUCACACAGAUUGAAGAAAUUACAGAGGUACAUGAAACACUUGUUCCAGAGAAACUAAAACCAGAACAAAAAACAACACCUUCUCCAACAAAACCUAAACCAAAAGAGAAACCAAAACCAGACAAAGAUGAACAAAAACCCACACCUAUUACAGUUGAGGAGAAACCCACACCUACUCCUGUUGAGGAAAAGCCAACACCUGUUCCAGAACAGCCAGAACCAACACCCAAAACAGAGGAAGACAAAAAGACACCAAAACUUAAACGCAAACCCAAAACAAAGAAACCUGUCACAGAACACACAGAGGAGGUCACAGAGAAGGAAGUUUCUGAAACCCCUAAGGUUGAAGAAAAACAUAUUAUAGAAACACAAGUUAAAGAAAUUACAGAGGAAAUAUGUGAAACACAACCACAACAACCAGUAAAAACAAAACCCAAGACAAAACCAAAACCAGUCAAAGAUGAACAAAAACCCACACCUCUUACAGUUGAGGGGAAACCUACACCUACUCUUGUUGAGGAAAAGCCAACACCUGUUCCUGAACAGCCAGAACCAACACCCAAAACAGAAGAAAACAAAAAGACACCCAAAUUCAAACACAAACCCAAAAUAAAGAAAACUGUCACAGAACACACAGAGGAAGAAAUUUCUAAAAUCCCUAAGGUUCAAGAAACAGACAUUACUGUAAGAGACACUGAAGAAAUUACAGAAAAAAUACAUGAAACACCUGUUCCAGAGAAACCAAUACCAGACGAAAAACCAACACCUACUCCAACAAAACAAAUACCAGAAGAAAAGCCGAAGCCAAAGCCAGUCAAAGAUGAACAUAAACCCACACCUCUUACAGUUGAGGAGAAACCCACACCUACUCCUGUUGAAGAAAAAUCAACACCUGUUCCUGAACAACCAGAACCAACACCCAAACUUAAACACAAACCUAAAGCAAAGAAACCUAUCACAGAACAUAUGGAGGAAGAAGUUUCUGAAACCCCUAAGGUUGAAGAAACAGAUAUUACUAUUAUAGAAACAGAAGAAAUUACAGAGGUACAUGAGACACAGCCAUUACCUACACCUAAGAAACCAACACCAGUAGGAAAACCAAAACCAGUCAAAGAUGAACAGAAACCCACAAUUCUUACAGUUGAGGAGAAACCCACACCUACUCCUGUUGAGAAAAAGCCAACACCUGUUCCUGAACAGCCAGAACCAACACCAAUAACAGAGGAAGACAAAAAGACUCUUACACCAAAACGCAAACCCAAAACAAAGAAACCUGUCACAGAACACAUAGAGGAGGUCACUGAAGAUAAGGUUCCUGAAACUCCCAAGGUUGAAGAAACAGUUACAGUCACCCAGAUGGAAGAAAUUACAGAAGAAAUACAUGAAACACCUGUUCCAGAGAAACCAAAACCAGAAGAAAAACAAAAAGCAAAACCAUAUAAAGAUGAACAAAAACCCACACCUUUUACAGUUGAGGAGAAACCCACACCUACUCAUAUUGAAGAAAAACCAACACCUAUUCCUGAACAGCCACAACCAACACCCAAAACAGAGGAAGACAAAAAGACACCAAAACUCAAACUCAAACCCAAAACAAAGAAAACUGUCACAGAUCACACAGAGGAGGUCACAGACGAGGAAGUUUCUGAAACCCCUAAGGUUGAAGAAAUUGACAUUACAGUCACACAGAUUGAAGAAAUUACAGAGAUACAUGAAACACCUGUUCCAGAGAAACCAAAACCAGAAGAAAAACGAACACCUACUCCAACAAAACCAAAGCCAGAUGAAACACCUGUUCCAAAGAAACCAAAACCAGAAGAAAAACCAACACCUACUCCAACAAAACCAAAGCCAGAAGAGAAACCAAAACCAGUCAAACAUGAACAAAAACCAACACCUCUUACAGUUGAGGAGAAACUCAAACCUACAACUGUUGAGGAAAAGCCAACACCUGUUCCUGAACAGCCAGAACCAACACUCAAAACAGAGGAAGACAAAAAGACACCAAAACUCAAACGCAAACCCAAAACAAAGAAAACAGUCACAGAACACACAGAGGAGGUCACAGAGGAGGAAGUUUCUGAAAUCCCUAAGAUUGAAGAAACAGACAUUACAGUCACACAGAUUGAAGAAAUUACAGAGAUACAUGAAACACCUGUUCCAGAAAAACCAAAACCAGAAGAAAAACCAACACCUACCCUAACAAAACUAAAGCCAGAAGAGAAACCAAAGCCAGUCAAACAUGAACAAAAACCCACACCUCUUACAGUUGAGGAGAAACUCAAACCUACUCCUGUUCAGGAAAAGCCAACACCUGUUCCUGAACAGCCAGAACCAACACUCAAAACAGAGGAAGACAAAAAGACACCAAAACUUAAACGCAAACCCAAAACAAAGAAAACUGUCACAGAACACACAGAGGAAGUCAUGGAGGAGGAAGUUUCUGAAACCCCUAAGGUUGAAGAAACAGACAUUACAGUCACACAGAUUGAAGAAAUUACAGAGAUACAUGAAACACCUGUUCCAGAGAAACCAAAACCAGAAGAAAAACCAACACCUACUCCAACAAAACCAAAGCCAGAUGAAACACCUGUUCCAGAGAAACCAAAACCAGAAGAAAAACCAACACCUACUCCAACAAAACCAAAGCCAGAAGAGAAACCAAAGCCAGUCAAACAUGAACAAAAACCAACACCUCUUACAGUUGAGGAGAAACUCAAACCUACAACUGUUGAGGAAAAGCCAACACCUGUUCCUGAACAGCCAGAACCAACACUCAAAACAGAGGAAGACAAAAAGACACCAAAACUCAAACGCAAACCGAAAACAAAGAAAACUGUCACAGAACACACAGAGGAGGUCACAGAGGAGGAAGUUUCUGAAACCCCUAAGGUUGAAGAAACAGACAUUACAGUCACACAGAUUGAAGAAAUUACAGAGAUACAUGAAACACCUGUUCCAGAGAAACCAAAACCAGAAGAAAAACCAACACCUACUCCAACAAAACCAAAGCCAGAAGAGAAACCAAAGCCAGUCAAAGAUGAACAAAAACCCACACCUCUUACAGUUGAAGAGAAACUCAAACCUACUCCUGUUGAGGAAAAGCCAACACCUGUUCCUGAACAGCCAGAACCAACACCCAAACUUAAACGCAAACCCAAAACAAAGAAACCUGUCACAGAACACACAGAAGAGGAAGUUUCUGAAACCCCUAAGGUUGAAGAAACAGACAUUACAGUCACACAGAUUGAGGAAAUUACAGAGAUACAUGAAACACCUGUUCCAGAGAAACCAAAACCAGAAGAAAAACCAACACCUACCCCAACAAAACCAAAGCCAGAAGAGAAACCAAAGCCAGUCAAAGAUGAACAAAAACCCACACCUCUUACAGUUGAAGAGAAACUCAAACCUACUCCUGUUGAGGAAAAGCCAACACCUGUUCCUGAACAGCCAGAACCAACACCCAAACUUAAACGCAAACCCAAAACAAAGAAACCUGUCACAGAACACACAGAGGAGGAAGUUUCUGAAAUCUGUAAGGUUGAUAAAACACAGAUUGAAGAAGUUACAGAAGAAAUACAUAAAACACCUGUUCCAGAGAAACCAAAACCAGAAGAAAAACCAAUACCUACCCCAACAAAAUCAAAGCCAGAGGAGAAACUAAAACCAGUCAAAGAUGAACAAAAACCCACACCUCUCACAGUUGAGGAGAAACUCACACCUACUCCUGUUGAGGAAAAGCCAACACCUGUUCCUGAACAGCCUGAACCUCCCAAAAUAGAGGAAGACAAAAAGACACCAAAGCUUAAACACAAACCCAAAACAAAGAAACUUGUCACAGAACACCCAGAGGAGAUCACUGAGGAAGUUUCUGAAACCCCUAAGGUUGAAGAAACAAAUAUUAUAGAAACACAAGUUGAAGACACUACAGAGGAAAUAUGUGAAACACAACCAACACUCAUUUUGGAAAAAGCAAAACCAAAAGAAAAACCCAAGCCAAAAUCAAAACUAAUUAAAGAUGAACAAAAACCCACACCUCUUACAGUUAAGGAGAAACCUACACCUUCUCCUGUUGAAGAAAAACCAACACCUGUUCCUGAACAGCCAGAACCAACACCCAAACUAGAGGAAGACAAAAAGACACCCAAACUCAAACGCAAACCUGAAACAAAGAAAACUGUCACAGAACACACAGAGGAGGCCACUGAGAAGGAGGUUUCUGAAACUCCCAAGGUUGAAGAAACAGACAUAACAGUCACACAUAUAGAAGAAAUUACAGAAAAAAUACAUGAAAUACCUGUUCCAGAGAAACCAAUUAAAGAUGAACAAAAACCCACACCUCUUACAGUUGAGGAGAAACCCAUACCUACUCCUGUUGAGGAAAAACCAACACCUGUUCCUGAACAGCCAGAACCAACACCAAAAACAGAGGAAGACAAAAAGACACCAAAAUUUAAACGAAAACCCAAAACAAAGAAAACUGUCACAGAACACACAGAGGAGGUUGCUGAGCAGGAAAUUUCUGAAACCCCUAAGGUUGAAGAAACAGACAUUAUAGUCACACAAAUUGAAGAAAUUACAGAAAUCCAAGAAACACUUGUUCCAGAGAAACCAAAACCAGAAGAAAGACCAACACCAAAACCUGUCAAAGAUGAACAAAAACCCACACCUCUUACAGUUGAGGAGAAACCCACACCUACUCCUGUUGAGGAAAAGCCAACACCUGUUCCUGAACAGCCAGAACCAACACCCAAAACAGAGGAAGAUGAAAAGACACCAAAACUUAAACGCAAACCCAAAAUAAAGAAACCUGUCACAGAACACACAGAGGAGGUCACUGAGGAGGAAACUGUAGAAACUCCAAAGAUUGAAAAGGUUGAUGAAACAAUUACACAGGUUGAAGAAAUUGAAGAAAUAGUUGAAACACAACUAACACAUAUUCCUGAGAAACCACAACCAGAGGAACAACCUGUUCCAACACUACCUCAGCCAACACCUAUAACAGAGGAAGACAAAAAGAAACCUAAACCAAAACCCAAACUCAAACCCAAAACAAAGAAGACUCUCACAGAACACACAGAAGAAAUCACAGAGGAGGAAGUGUCUGAAACCCCUAAGGUUGAAGAAACAGAGGAAACAAUUACACAAGUUGAAGAAAUUGUAGAAGAAAUACAUGAGACACAGCCAACACCUACACCUAAGAAACCAAAACCAGAAGAAAAACCAAAACCAAAACCAGACAAAGAUGAACAAAAACCCACACCUCUUACAGUUGAGGAGAAACCCACACUUACUCCUGUUGAAGAAAAGCCAACACCUGUUCCUGAACAGCCAGAACCAACACCCAAAAUAGAGGAAGAGAAAAAGACUCUUAAACCAAAACGCAAACCCAAAACAAAGAAAACUGUCACAGAACACACAGAGGAGGUCGCUGAGGAGGAGGUUUCUGAAACUCCCAAGGCUGAAGAAACAGUUACAGUCACACAGACUGAAGAAAUUACAGAAGAAAUACAUGAAACACCUGUUCUAGAGAAACUAAAACCAGAAGAAAAGCCAAAACCAGUCAAAGAUGAACAAAAACCCACACUUACUCAUGAUGAAAGACCAGAACCAACACCCAAAACAGAUGAAAUAAAAAAGAAACCAAAACCUAAGACAAAGAAAACAGUCAUAGAACAUAAGAAAGAUGUAACAGAAGAAGUUUCUGAAAUCCCCAAAAUUACUGAAAGAGAUGAAACAAUUACACAGAUUGAAGAAAUCAAAGAAGAAAUACAUGAUACAAAACCAACACCUACUCCUAAGAAACCAAAAUCAAUAGAAAAACCAACACAAAAACCAGACAAAGAUGAACAAAAACCCACACCUCUUACAGUUGAGGAGAUACCCACACCUACUCCUGUUGAGGAAAAGCCAACCUGUGUUUCUGAACAGCCAGAACCAACACCCAAAACAGAGGAAGAUGAAAAGACACCAAAACUUAAACGCAAACCCAAAACAAAGAAACCUGUCACAGAACACACAGAGGAGGUCACUGAGGAGGAAACUGUAGAAACUCCAAAGAUUGAAAAGGUUGAUGAAACAAUUACACAGGUUGAAGAAAUUGAAGAAAUAGUUGAAACACAACCAACACAUAUUCCUGAGAAACCACAACCAGAGGAACAACCUGUUCCAACACAACCUCAGCCAACACCUAUAACAGAGGAAGACAAAAAGAAACCUAAACCAAAACCCAAACUCAAACCCAAAACAAAGAAGACUCUCACAAAACACACAGAAGAAAUCACAGAGGAGGAAGUGUCUGAAACCCCUAAGGUUGAAGAAACAGAGGAAACAAUUACACAAGUUGAAGAAAUUGUAGAAGAAAUACAUGAGACACAGCCAACACCUACACCUAAGAAACCAAAACCAGAAGAAAAACCAAAACCAAAACCAGACAAAGAUGAACAAAAACCCACACCUCUUACAGUUGAGGAGAAACCCACACUUACUCCUGUUGAAGAAAAGCCAACACCUGUUCCUGAACAGCCGGAACCAACACCCAAAACAGAGGAAGACAAAAAGACUCUUAAACCAAAACGCAAACCCAAAACAAAGAAAACUGUCAUAGAACACACAGAGGAGGUCACUGAGGAGGAGGUUUCUGAAACUCCCAAGGUUGAAGAAACUGUUACAGUCACACAGACUGAAGAAAUUACAGAAGAAAAACAUAUUCCCAAAAAACUAAAACCAGAAGAAAAAUCAACACCAAAACCACUUACAGAUGAACAAGAACCCACACCUCUUACAGUUGAGGAGAAACCUACACCUACUCCUGUUGAAGAAAAGCCAACACCUGUUCCUGAACAGCCAGAACCAAAAACAGAGGAAGACAAAAAGACACCAAAACUUAAACGAAAACCCAAAACAAAGAAAACUGUCACAGAACACACAGAGGAGGUCACUGAGGAGGAGGUUUCUGAAACCCCUAAGGUUGACCAGACAGAUGUUACAGUUACACAGAUAGAAGAAAAGACACUGAAACCUAAACCAAAACCAAAGAAAAUUAAAUCAGUACACAUUGAGGAGAUCAGUGAAGAGGAAACUGUGGAAACUCCUAAGACUGACAAAACUGUUAUCACAGAUACACAGACUGAAGAAAUUGAAGAAGAAAUACUUGAAACAGAAACACCUACCCCAGAGAAACCAAAACCAACACCUACUCCAGAACAAAAACCCACACCUGCUCCUGCUGCUCCUGAGGAACCAAAGAAAGUAACAAAACCAAAAGAUGAAAAACCAAAAUCAAAGCUUAUGCCUAAAACUAAGGAAAAGACAAUAGUGACAGAAGAAAUAGUUGAAAAGGAGGUACAGGAGACUCCUAAGAUUGAACAAACAGAAGUCACUGUUACUGAGACUGUUGAAGAAAUCAUAGAAGAAGUAAAGCCUGAAGAAAAGAUUAAGCCAAAGAAACCCAAAACAAAGAAGGUAACAGAAGAAAUCAUUACUGAGGUGACACAAAUCACACAACCACUUGAAGAACAGGAUAUCUCUGAGACAACUAUUAUUGAAGAAGUUAAGGAGGAACCAAAGAAGAAGGUAACUGUAAAGAAGACUACUACAGAAACAAAACCAGUUCCUUUAGAUGAACCUACGGAAGAAAUUCAACCCAUUCAAAAACAGGAUAUCUCUGAGACAACUAUUAUUGAAGAGGUUAAGGAAGAACCAAAGAAGAAGGUUAAGGUGAAGAAGACUACUACUAAAACAAAACCAAUUCCUCUAGAUGAACCUACUGAAGAAAUAGAGCCACUUCAAGAACAGGAUAUCUCUGAGACAACUAUCAUUGAAGAGGUUAAGGAAGAACCAAAGAAAAAGGUUAAGGUGAAGAAGACUACUACAGAAACAAAAUCAGUUCCUCUAGAUGAACCUACAGAAGAAACAGAGCCACUUCAGGAACAGGAUAUCUCUGAGACAACUAUCAUUGAAGAGGUUAAGGAAGAACCAAAGAAGAAGGUUAAGGUGAAGAAGACUACUACUAAAACAAAACCAAUUCCUCUAGAUGAACCUACUGAAGAAAUAGAGCCACUUCAAGAACAGGAUAUCUCUGAGACAACUAUCAUUGAAGAGGUUAAGGAAGAACCAAAGAAGAAGGUUAAGGUGAAGAAGACUACUACAGAAACAAAAUCAAUUCCUCUAGACGAACCUACAGAAGAAACAGAGCCACUUCAGGAACAGGAUAUCUCUGAGACAACUAUCAUUGAAGAGGUUAAGGAAGAACCAAAGAAGAAGGUUAAGGUGAAGAAGACCACUACUAAAACAAAACCAAUCUCUCUAGAUGAAUCUACAGAGGAAAUACAACCCAUUCAAGAGCAGGAUAUCUCAGAGACAACUAUAAUUGAAGAGGUUAAGGAAGAACCAAAGAAGAAGGUUAAGGUGAAGAAGACUACUACCAAAACAAAACCAAUUCCUCUAGAUGAACCUACUGAAGAAAUAGAGCCACUUCAAGAACAGGAUAUUUCUGAGACAACUAUUAUUGAAGAGGUUAAGGAAGAACCAAAGAAGACGGUUAAGGUGAAGAAGACCACUACUAAAAUCAAACCAAUCUCUCUAGAUGAACCUACAGAGGAAAUACAACCUAUUCAGAAACAGGAUAUCUCUGAGACAACUAUUAUUGAAGAGGUUAAGGAAGAACCAAAGAAAAAGGUAACUGUAAAGAAAACUACUACAAAGAUAAAACCAGUUCCUCUAGAUGAACCUACAGAGGAAAUACAACCCAUUCAAGAACAGGAUAUUUCUGAGACAACUAUUAUUGAAGAGGUUAAGGAAGAACCAAAGAAGAAGGUAAAGGUGAAGAAGACCACUACUAAAACCAAACCAGUCCCUCUAGACCAACCUACAGAAGAAACAUUUGUGCUAGAACAACCUGUCUUGUCUCCAGAGAAGAUUGAACCUUCUGUGGAGCACGAUGAGCUGAAGAAGGUCAUUACAAAAACAACACAGAUUUUCCAGAAAGAAAUCAUCUCAGAACAAAAGCCAGAAGAUAUUCAAGAGGUGACCGAAGUAAAGCAGCUUACUGAAGAAGAACUGGCUAAGGUUUCAGAAAUAUCAGAAAUGAUGGAGAAGGCAAAAUUAGUUCCUCAACCAACACUUGUAAAAGAAAUGGUAUUACCUGAAGAAGAGCCAGAGGAUGUUGAAGAAGUGAUAUCAAAGAUGCAGACAGAAAUGGCUGAGUUUAUACAGGAACCAAAGCAUUUGCAGGAGAGCAAAGUCACUAAACCUCUUUUGGUACAGAAGGAGAGAGUGAUUUCAGAACAGUCUGAAGUCACAGAGGAAGUUACCACUAAGUUCAUAACAGAGAAAGCUGAGAUGUCAGAGGAGCCAGAGAUAAUGAAGACCUCUGUAGCUCACAAACCAACUGUGAUUGAGAAGCAGGAGGUAAAGCGAAAGUCAAUCACAAAACAUACUGAGGAGAAGGUUCAGCCUACAGAGAAAGAGGAGGUAACUGAAAUCACUGAGACUGUGAUAGAAGAGACCCCUGAAGAGAAAGUGGUUAUAACUGAAAAGCACAAACCAAAACCAACAGAGCAGAAGGAGCAGGAAAUCAUUGAAAAGACUGAGAUUGAUGAGGAUCAGACAGAACAGACACAACAGACCACCGUACAAAAACAAAAACCAGAACAGCUGGAGACACAACAGGAGGAACAACAGACCACCACACCACUUCCUCAACUUCCCCUCACAUUACUCAAGGAAACUACUGAACAAAUACUUGUCCCAGAAGACCAGACAGACAUCCUACAGAUAGCCACCCUGCCCACAUCCACUCAGGCUCAGGCCAGCGAGGAGGAGGCCAGAGCCACACACAAGGCUGAGGUCACACAGGUGCACACAGAACUGUGUGUGCCUGGCUUUAAAUCCUUGAUCCACUUGGCUACUGACAACCAGAUAGACCUGGAAACUGUUGAGCUAAGGCCUGUUGAGAAAGCAGCAUUUGCAAAAGACAUUGCAAAAUUAAGUUUCCACCUGAAGAAAGGAGUGCAAGUUAAUGAACUGAUGACAAUGAUCAAGGAGAAUGAAUUUGUGUCCCUGAAACAGCCACAGAACCAGGCCAAGCUCCUGGAGGUGGCAGAUCGCCUUGGCCAUGCCACUGUUCACAAGGUGCUGGUCCAGGAGGCUGCUGACCGCUGUGAUGACAAGAUUGGCCUCAAGUCUGUGAUUCGCACUAUUCAGAGAGGCAAGGAGUCCAUGGAACAGGCAAUUAUGGACACUGCCAGGGAGUUUGGGCCAUCCUCAGAACCUGUCAAAGAGAUGGCUGCUGUUGGUUACCUCCUGCAAGAGGGAGUCAAGUGUGAUGAGGUACUCACCCUUGUGGAGUCUGGUCUCCUGCCAAGCCUGAAGAUGCCCCAGGCCCAAGUGCCAUUCACAUCCAUGGUGAUUGACAAGGGACAUAUUGGAUCCAUUUGUGAGAUCCUGGUGGAGGAGUGUGUGAGGGAGGUGCCACGGCCAAAGACAAAAGCUGAAGCUGCUCGCAUGACUGAGGUUAAGGAAAUGCUUAAGAAGGCUAAAGCUGAAACAGUGGAUGUGAAGACAUUCACAUCCGAGAUGGUCCCUGGUGUGAAGGCUUAUGUGCGCAUGGCUCAGGAGGAAAGCGUCAACAUUGAAGAGGUGGUUCAGAAGGCCAAGCUGGAACCCAAAAUGAAGGAAGAAAUGGCCAAGAUUGGCAUGAUGGUGAAGCAUGGUGUGAUGACUCAGGAUGUGCUCACCCUCAUGGAAACCGGUGAAUUCCCACAGCUCAUGAGAGAGGAGGCUCAGGCAGAGCUCAUGACAGUGGUUGAAGACUUCGGCUUCCGAGCAAUCAUCAACCAGGUUGUCCUGGAGCAGGUGCAGCAGGCAAUGCAGAAGACUGGCAAGGCUCUGGGAACUAAAUCUUUCAUGCGCAUGAUGGAGAAAGCCAAAGUAAAUGUUGAGGAAAUCCUUACAGAAAAGUUCCCCAAGGAGCUUGUAACAGAUUUACAGGAGCCAGUAUCUAAGGAAAUGGCCAAAGUCAGUGUGAUGCUUAAGGAAGGUGUCCAAACACAAGAGAUCAUGUCCAUGAUAGAGGCUGGGGAACUGCCUAGCUUGAAGCUCCCUGAUGCCCAGAUGCCUCUUGUCAACAUGGUAGGGCAGGAAGGACACACAGCCUUGGUCUGCCAAGUUCUAAUUGAGGACUCUGUCAGUAACAUUGUUCAAGAGCUCCCCAAGGUAGACAAAGCAACCAUCUCAUCCGUAGAAACGCUUGAAUCGGCCACCGAGACUCAGGUUGAAGUUAAAGCCAAGAAAACGAGGAAAAUCAGGAAGGCGAUUGAAACUACUGAAGAAACAGAGUCUGAGGAUAUAACCAAAAAGCUCAUGCGAACGCCAUCCAGGGAGAGAAGUGAGACUAUUGAAGUAUCACUGGAAGAAGCAACAGUAUUUGAAAAGCCAAAGCCUAAGAAAGAAAAGGCAAAGGAAAUUGUUACUGAGGAUGUCAAAGAUUCACUGACUGUAACAGAAAAUCGCCCCGAGGAACAAACAGGUCCAUGGAUACAAGGAGAAAAGAUCCAUCUGAAAAAGUCUAUCAGUAUUACUCCUGAAUUUGUGGCUUCACAGCCACUUCAGGUAACAGACACUAAAGCUGAAGACACUUGCAUUUCUUUGACAACCGAAAAAGGAAAAGAAGCAAAAGCAACAAUUAAAGAAGACUUGUUGGACUCAAUUACUGUUACUGAAAAGAUUGCAGAGGAACAAUCAACACCAUGGCGCAAAGGUGAAAAAGUGCCUUUCAAGACAGAAACCAUCAAACCAAACCUGGUCUCAUCACAGCCACUCACAGUCACAGACACCAAGGUGGAGGACUCGUACUCUAUUCUGAAACCAGAAAAGGGAGAAGAGGUGAAGGCAAAGGUUACUGAGGAUCUAAGAACUUCUCUGACUGUGACAGAGAACAUUGCCCAUGAAGAACCAACACCCUGGCAAAAGGGAGAGAAGGUGCCCUUCAAAACUCAAAGUAUUAAGCCUGAUUUUGUAUCAUCACAGCCACUCACAGUCACAGAUACCAAGGUGGAAGACUCGUACUCUAUUCUGAAACCAGAAAAGGGCGAAGAAGUGAAGGCAAGAGUUACUGAGGACUUGAGGACUUCACUAACUGUGACAGAAAACAUUGCCCAUGAAGAGCCAACACCCUGGCAGAAAGGAGAGAAAGUGCCCUUCAAAACACAGAGCAUCAAACCAGAUCUGGUCUCAUCACAGCCACUCACGGUCACAGACACAAAGGUGGAAGACUCGUACUCUAUUCUGAAGACAGAGAAGGGUGAAGAAGCGACAGCAAAUAUUACUGAAGAUCUAAGAACUUCUCUGACAGUAACAGAAAAUAUUGCCCAUGAAGAGCCAACACCUUGGCGUAAAGGUGAAAAGGUACCCUUCACGACACAGAGCAUUAAACCAGAUUUGGUGUCUUCACAGCCACUUACAGUUACAGACACUAAGGUGGAAGAUUCAUAUAGUAUUCUGAAGACAGAGAAGGGUGAAGAAGUGACAGCUAAGGUUACUGAAGAUUUGAGGUCUUCACUAACCAUAACAGAAAACAUUGCCCAUGAAGAGCCAACACCCUGGAAAGAAGGUGAAAAGGUGCCAUUCAAAACUCAGAGCAUUAAGCCUGAUUUUGUCUCAUCACAGCCACUUACAGUCACAGACACCAAGGUGGAAGACUCUUACAGCAUUUUAAAACCAGACAAGGGUGAAGAGGUAAAAGCAAAAGUUACUGAAGAUCUGAGAACUUCCCUGACUGUGACAGAAAACAUUACCCAUGAAGAACCAACACCCUGGCAAAAGGGAGAGAAGGUGCCCUUCAAAACUCAGAGCAUUAAGCCUGAUUUCGUGUCUUCACAGCCACUUACAGUCACAGACACCAAGGUGGAAGACUCGUACUCUAUUCUUAAAACAGAGAAAGGUGAAGAGGUACAGGCAAAGGUUACUGAGGAUCUAAGAACUUCUAUAACAGUAACAGAGAACAUUGCCCAUGAAGAACCAACACCCUGGCGCAAAGGUGAAAAGGUGCCCUUCAAGACACAUAAUAUUCACCCUGAUUUUGUCUCAUCACAGCCACUCACAGUAACAGACAUCAAGGUGGAAGACUCAUAUUCUAUCCUAAAGACAGAGAAGGGUGAGGAGGUAAAGGCAAGCAUUACUGAGGAUCUAAGAACUUCUCUGACUGUGACAGAGAAUAUUACCCAUGAAGAACCAACACCCUGGAAGGAGGGAGAGAAGGUGCCCUUCAAAACACAAAGUAUUAAGCCUGACUUUGUAUCUUCACAACCACUCACAGUCACAGACACCAAAGUGGAAGACUCAUACACCAUUUUGAAGCCAGACAAGGGUGAAGAAGUAAAGGCAAAGGUUACUGAAGAUCUGAGAACUUCUCUGACUGUAACAGAGAACAUUACCCAUGAGCAGCCAACUCCAUGGAAAGAAGGUGAAAAGGUGCCCUUCAAAACGCAGAGCAUUAAGCCUGAUUUUGUGUCUUCACAGCCACUCACAGUCACAGACACCAAGGUGGAAGACUCUUACAGUAUUUUGAAGACAGAAAAGGGUGAAGAAGUGACAGCAAAUGUUACUGAAGAUUUGAGGUCUUCACUCACCAUAACAGAAAAUAUUGCCCAUGAAGAGCCAACACCCUGGAAAGAAGGUGAAAAGGUGCCAUUCAGAACACAGAGUAUUCAACCAGAUUUUGUCUCAUCACAGCCACUUACAGUCACAGACACUAAGGUGGAAGAUUCCUACGGUAUUCUAAAGCCAGACAAGGGUGAAAAAGUAAAGGCAAAGGUUACUGAAGAUCUAAGAACUUCCCUGACUGUGACAGAGAACAUUACCCAUGAGGAACCAACUCCAUGGAAGGAGGGAGAGAAAGUGCCUUUCAAAACACACAAAAUUCAGCCUGAUCUGGUCUCAUCACAGCCACUUACAGUCACAGACACGAAGGUGGAAGACUCAUACAGUAUUUUGAAGCCAGAAAAGGGUGAAGAGGUGAAGGCACAGGUUACUGAGGAUCUGAGAACUUCUCUGACUGUGACAGAGAACAUUGCACAAGAGGAGCCUACUCCAUGGAAGGAGGGAGAGAAGGUGCCCUUCAAGACACGGACCAUUCAACCUGACUUUGUGUCAUCUCAGCCACUUACAGUCACAGACACUAAAGUGGAAGACUCAUACACAAUUCUAAAAACAGAAAAAGGUGAAGAAGUAAAGGCAAAGGUCACUGAAGAUCUUCGAGCUUCUCUCACUGUGACUGAGAAUAUUGCACAAGAAGAGCCAGCUCCUUGGCAUGAAGGUCACAAGGUGCCUUUCAAAACACAGACCAUCAAACCAAAUGUGAUUCCCUCUGUCUCUUUACAGGUCACAGAUACAAACUUAGCAGAUUCUUGUGGAACCUUCCAAGAAGAUGAAACUGAAAAGGUUAAAGCAAAUGUCACAGAAGACUUACAGGAUUCACUUGUGAUAACUGAGAGGCUUUCAGAAGAGCAGCCAGCGCCUCUGAAACGACCUGCCAGGGCAACCGCAGACUCUGCUGAGGAACAACUCAUUGUUAUGGAACAUGACUCCCUCUCAGUCUCAGAGGUGUACUUGAAGGAAGGAAGCACUCAAUUUGAGGCAGAAAAGAUACAUACUCAGGAGGCUGUUGGCAGAGUUGAGCCUUUACAAGCCAUAACAACACUUGACCACAGGACUGAAGAAUCCACAGCUAACUUAUCAGAUUUCUUGAAAACUACACAUAAAGCCAAGCUCUUAGGCCAGGAUGCUCAGCACACACUGGAGGUUACUGAACAAAUGGCUCAUGAGACCAUUGAAGACCUUAAGAAAGCAGACAGAAAGUAUCAGAACCUGAAGUGUGGUGUUGAAGGGCAAAGUGUUGCACUCACAGAGGAGGUUCUGGUCCAUGAUGCAGAGGAUCAGUACCAGUCAAAGGCUCCAAAAUCAGCAAUGACCAAACAGACAACUGUUAGGAAAGAAGCAGAAGCAGUAAUGAUUGCUGAGACAAAGCCAGAAGAAGGCACAAAACCAUGGGAAAAAGUGAGCGAAUCCUUUGAGAAGGCCAAGCCAAAUGUACAAGAACACAGGCAUAUUCAUGUAUCUGAGACCUUCAAGGCUGAUAAGGAAGAUGUCUUCACUCAGCCGACUGCUUUGCAACAACAAGGAAAGCCAUCACAGGAGCAACCCCUGCAGCCGCUGACUGUCCAUGGCCAUGAUGUGCAGGAAGAUGCCGCCACCUGGAAGUCUCGCAUUGAUCAAGAGCAGACUGCCAAAACCUCCAUGAUGGAGAGCGUACCACUCAGCAUCCUUGAGACUCAGCAGCAUGACACAUAUAAGGAAUACAAAUCAGACAAACCAGCAAUGGUUCAUGCAACUCAGACUGAUGACAAGAGGGAAGCACUUGCUGUAUCUGAAGUGAAGGCAGAGUCUCCCAUCCGUGAGCUGACUAAGCCAAAGUUGACAGAAGAACAUGCUGAAGUUAUUCACUCCAAGAAUACUUCUAUUGUUAUUUCAUCUUCACAAGUCCAAGAAAGUGAAGCUCCUCUGAAGAUCAAGCAACCCAAAGAGGAGUUUGCUGAGGGAAUAGACAUGAAUGCAUUCUAUCCAAUUGCAGUUUCAGACACAGAAGUUCAGCUACCAGUUGAUGAACUAAGCAAACCAGAGCUUUUUACUAGUAAAGCUAAAUCUAGUUUCAUUCCACAAAAGGCUCUUGAAAUACUUGAGUCUCAAACUCAUCAGAAAGAGAAGGACUUCCAGCCUGCUAAGACAGCAGAUGUAAAGUUGGAAGGAACAGUGGAAUGCAGUGAAUACUCCAUUGAAGUUAGAGAAGUUAAGGCUCAAUCCCCACUCAGGGAUCUGAAAGAGAGCAAACCUUCCUCAGAUAUGGCCAGUGCCUCAAUCAUCCCUCAGAAGUCUGUACGAGUCUCGGAAGUUUCAGUCAACUUCAAAGAGGAAGAAUUCAAAGAAAUUCCAAGAUUCUCCCAUGUUGCAAGUCUAGAACAACUCCCAGGUCAUGAAGCCUUACACAUAACACAGAGCACAGUUCAAGACAGCACACAAGAUUUCAUAAUUGAAGCACCUCUGGGAGAAAUUGCUUCUGUUGACUUGAAGGGCUAUCAUGCCACAGCUGUCACUGAAAUUGAGACUGCACAGGUAGAGGAAGAGUACAGUCCAGACAAACUGCCAUUGAUCACUGCCAAGACUGACAUGGUGGAGGGCAUGCCAUCUGCUGUCACUCAGGAGGUCUGUGCUGCUUCAUCUGUGAAAGACUUGCCUGCUCCAGAAAAGCCUCAGUCUAGAGAAGCAACAACAGGGUUUGAGGAAAAGAAGGCAGUGUCAGUACAGGAGACAGAUACUCAUGAGAAGGAAAGUUCAUUUACUGAACCAAAACCUACUCCACUGCAGCUUAAGUCCAAAAUAAAUGGAGGACUGGAACCACUUCUUGUGACAGAAAUAGAAAGUGAAGAGGCAAUUGGAAAGAUGCUGGAGAAGCCUGCACCUACUAUGGAGAAUGCUAAGAUAGAGCUUACACAGGCAACAAAAGUGGCUCUGUCAUCUGGCAUCAUAACAAAUGAACGAGAAGGAGUGUACAAGGAAGAAAAGCCUGAAACUCAACUGGCAGAAGGCAGUAUCAGUACAGGAGAAGCCAUCACUGUCUCAGAAGUCCAGCCACACUCUUCCACAACAGAACUUAAACCUGCUCCCAAGCCUAAGACGGAAGAAGGAACAGGUUCACUGGUUUCCACAAGAACUGCCACUGUAUCAGAAGUCAUACUCCAUGAAAGGGAAGGAAUACAUGAACCCAGUAAACUCCCUACAAUAUCUCUUGCAAGCCAGACAGAAGCACCAAAUAUUCCACUGGUUGUGCAGGAAACAUGCAUAGCUUCAAGUGUGUCAGAGUUGGCUGCAGACAAAGUUCAGCCCUCAGAAUCUGCAUCAGUGUCCCUCUUUGCCCACAAGAUUGCCUCAUCCUGUGAUGUGGGGAUCAAUGAAAAGGAAGGUAUCUAUGUACAAGAAAAACCAACAGAAGAUCUUGCUAAAGUAGAAUUUGAAAGUGCAAAGGCACCUCUCCAAAUUAGUGAAACACGAUCUGAGUCCCCCAUAAAGGACCUUCAAGAACAGAAACCAAUCGAGUCACAGGUCAAGCCAUUCUUUAUCCCUCAGACAGCUGUGUCUGUAAUUGAGACAGAAACCAAGGAUAAGGAAGGAAUACUUGAACUAGAAAAGCCAGGAACUGUCUCUUUGGAGUCUGAUAUGAUACAGCCACUGCAACCUCUUACUGUAUCCGAGGUAACAGCAGAUUCAAGCACACACACUCUCACUUUGGAAGAACUGAAGGAAGAGCAAGCUAACCCCAGCCAUGAGCUCCACAGUGCUGCCUCAAUUAGUGAAGCCAUGGUGCAUCACAAGGAAGAAGAGUACGAAGGAGAGAAGACCAUUUCCAUUGUCCCCAAGGAGUUCCAAACACCUGGGUUUUGGUCUUUGCUCAUCACAGAGACACAAACUGAAGAUCCUAUCACCAAACGCUUUGAAAGGCAAGCGCCAAGAAGCAGAGCCAGGCCUGAUGUUAUUCCUCAGGAUACAGUUCAAGUGCAGGAAGUCCAAAUACACGAGUCUGAAAACACUUUUGAUACUGUUGCCCCCGAACUGUCAAAAAUCAAUGCAGCCGCUCGAGUGUCUGGUCACGUUGUGGCAGUCUCUACUAAUGUUGAACCUGCAGACAGCCUGCAGAAACUGGCUGAUAGUGAAGUGAUUGAAAAGAAAACUGCAACCCUAACUCUGAACACACAGCAAGCUGCAGAGGUGUUGCAGCACGACAUUAGUGAAGCUGGAAACAUCUUAUCUGAAAAGAAAGAGGAAGGCAAAAUGGCCAUUCCAAGUGUUGAAGAAAUGCAGUCAGUGUCAGUGUCAGAAAUUAAUGCAGAAAUGAAGGAAGAAUCUUAUGUUAGUGAAAAACCAUUUGUACACAAUGUAAAAGCCAAACCAGUGAUCACUCCCAUGCAUUUGGCCAACGUUGCCCAUCCUGACAUUGGUGAACAGGAGGGUAGUGUUUCUACACUCGACGUUUCAGGUACCACUCACGCUAAACUUAAUUUCACACCACACAUUUCUACACAAGUCACUCAACAACAUCCUGACAUACUUCCAGGCAUAAUAAAACCUGAACAACACAUUCUGGCUACAGGUAAGAUUGUACUGGAACAGGCUACACAUGUCUCAGGAUCUCAGGAAGUUGUCGUUGAAACUGUGACAGAAGAGAAGGCCAUUAAGCUGCCAAAAGCAGAAACAGCUAAAUCAGUAUUACCUGAACAGGAGUCCAUUUCAAUUGAAGAAAUAUCAGUUAAGGAAGCCCCUGGAUCUGUGGAUGAAUCAAGACCAAAGAGUGUUACAGCUACAUCAAUUAUUGCUCCUCUUGAGUCCCUAACUAUUCAAGAAGUAUCAGUCAAGGAAGCACCUGGGGAUAUCAAGGAUGCUAAGCCUAAAACUGAGCAGGCAAUAUCUGUAUUUUCUCCUCAAGAAUCUAUCUCUGUUCAUGAAGUUUCUGUUAAGGAGACUUCAGGCUCAAUGCAGGACAUGAAACCCAAGACUGAACAGGCUACCUCAAUAUUCUCGACUCUCGAAUCAUUCUCAGUUCAAGAAGUUGCAGUCAAGGAAGCACCACAGGAUAUAUCUGAAAAGAAGCCCAAGUCAGAGGUGGCUACAUCAAUUCUUUCACAGUAUGAAUCAAUUUCUAUUCAAGAGGUAUCAGUGAAGGAAGCACCUGGCACCAUGAAGGAUGCCAAGCCCAAGGAAGAGCAGGCUACAUCAGUUAUAGCACCACUUGAAUCAAUUACUGUACAGGAAAUAUCAGUAAAAGAAGCACCAUCAGAUAUUUCUGAAAAGAAACCUAAGACAGAAACAGCAACUUCCAUUCUGUCUGAACAGGAAUCAAUUUCUGUACAAGAGGUCACAGUGAAGGAAUCACAUGGUGACAUGAAAGACAGGAAGCCAAAGACAGAACAGGCCACUUCCAUUGUUUCUCCCCAUGAAUCCAUCACUGUACAAGAGGUCACAGUGAAGGAAACUUCAGGAGACAUUAGCGAGAAGAAACCCAAAUCUGAGAAGGCGACAUCUAUUUUCUCAGAGCAAGAAUCCAUUUCUGUUGCCGAGGUGUCAGUAAAGGAGGCCCCUGGAACCAUGAAGGAUGCCAAGCCCAAGACUGAACAAGCCACUUUGGGCAUUGCUCCACAUGAAUCACUCACAGUGGAGGAAGUAUCCAUCAAAGAGGCUCCCACUGACUUCAGUGAACAUAAACCUAAAAAGGAACAGGCUACUUCAAUUUUGUCAGAACAAGAGUCCAUUUCUGUUCAGGAGGUAUCAGUCAAGGAGGCUCCAGGCACCAUGGAGCAAGCCAAGCCCAAGACAGAACAGGCCACUUCCAUCAUUUCUCCUCACGAAUCCAUCACUGUACAAGAGGUCACAGUGAAAGAAACCUCUGGAGACAUUAGUGAGAAGAAACCAAAGACAGACAAAGCAACUUCUAUUCUGUCUGAACAAGAGCCCAUCCUUGUACAAGAGGUCACAGUGAAGGAAUCUCAUGGUGACAUGAAAGACAGGAAACCAAAAACAGAACAAGCCACUUCCAUUGUUUCUCCUCAUGAAUCCAUCACUGUACAAGAGGUCACAGUGAAGGAAACCUCUGGAGCCAUCACUGAGAAGAAACCAAGGACAGACAAAGCAACUUCCAUUCUGUCUGAACAGGAAUCAAUUUCUGUACAAGAGGUCACAGUGAAGGAAUCUCAUGGUGACAUGAAGGACAGGAAGCCAAAGACAGAACAGGCCACUUCCAUUGUUUCUCCCCAUGAAUCCAUCACUGUACAAGAGGUUACAGUGAAGGAAACUUCCGGAGACAUUAGCGAGAAGAAACCCAAGUCUGAGAAGGCGACAUCUAUUUUCUCAGAGCAAGAAUCCAUUUCUGUUGCCGAGGUGUCAGUAAAGGAGGCCCCUGGAACCAUGAAGGAUGCCAAGCCCAAGACUGAACAAGCCACUUUGGGCAUUGCUCCACAUGAAUCACUCACAGUGGAGGAAGUAUCCAUCAAAGAGGCUCCCACUGACUUCAGUGAACAUAAACCUAAAAAGGAACAGGCUACUUCAAUUUUGUCAGAACAAGAGUCCAUUUCUGUUCAGGAGGUAUCAGUCAAGGAGGCUCCAGGCACCAUGGAGCAAGCCAAGCCCAAGACAGAACAGGCCACUUCCAUCAUUUCUCCUCACGAAUCCAUCACUGUACAAGAGGUCACAGUGAAAGAAACCUCUGGAGACAUUAGUGAGAAGAAACCAAAGACAGACAAAGCAACUUCUAUUCUGUCUGAACAAGAGCCCAUCUUUGUACAAGAGGUCACAGUGAAGGAAUCUCAUGGUGACAUGAAAGACAGGAAACCAAAAACAGAACAAGCCACUUCCAUUGUUUCCCCUCAUGAAUCCAUCACUGUACAAGAGGUCACAGUGAAGGAAACCUCUGGUGACAUUAGUGAGAAGAAACCAAAGACAGACAAAGCAACUUCCAUCUUAUCUGAACAAGAGUCCAUCUUUGUACAAGAGGUCACAGUGAAGGAAUCUCAUGGUGAUAUGAAAGACAGGAAGCCAAAGACAGAACAAGCCACUUCCAUUGUUUCUCCUCAUGAAUCUAUCACUGUACAAGAGGUCACAGUGAAGGAAACUUCUGGAGACAUUGCUGAGAGGAAGCCUAAAACAGACAAGGCAACUUCAAUUCUGUCUGAACAGGAAUCAAUUUCUGUACAAGAGGUCACAGUGAAGGAAUCUCAUGGUGACAUGAAAGACAGGAAGCCAAAGACAGAACAGGCCACUUCCAUCAUUUCUCCUCAUGAAUCUAUCACUGUGCAAGAGGUCACAGUGAAGGAAACUUCUGGAGAUAUAUCUGAAAAGAAGCCAAAGACAGACAAAGCCACCUCUAUUUUAUCUGAACAAGAAUCCAUCUUUGUACAAGAAGUGACAGUCAAGGAAGCUCAUGGUGAUGUCAAAGACACCCAACCAAAGACUGAACAAGCAAUUUCAAUAAUUUCUCCUCAUGUAUCAGUGACUGUACAAGAAGUUACUGUCAAGGAAACUCCUGGAGAAGUUGCUGACAGAAAACCAAAGAAAGAGAAAGCAACCUCUAUUCUUUCUGAACAGGAAUCAAUUUCUGUACAAGAGGUCACAGUGAAGGAAUCUUAUGGUGACAUGAAAGACAGGAAGCCAAAGACAGAACAGGCCACUUCCAUUGUUUCUCCCCAUGAAUCCAUCACUGUACAAGAGGUCACAGUGAAGGAAACUUCAGGAGACAUUAGCGAGAAGAAACCCAAGUCUGAGAAGGCGACAUCUAUUUUCUCAGAGCAAGAAUCCAUUUCUGUUGCCGAGGUGUCAGUAAAGGAGGCCCCUGGAACCAUGAAGGAUGCCAAGCCCAAGACUGAACAAGCCACUUUGGGCAUUGCUCCACAUGAAUCACUCACAGUGGAGGAAGUAUCCAUCAAAGAGGCUCCCACUGACUUCAGUGAACAUAAACCUAAAAAGGAACAGGCUACUUCAAUUUUGUCAGAACAGGAGUCCAUUUCAGUUCAGGAGGUAUCAGUCAAGGAGGCUCCAGGCACCAUGGAGCAAGCCAAGCCCAAGACUGAACAAGCCACUUCCAUCAUUUCUCCUCAUGAAUCCAUCACUGUACAAGAGGUCACAGUGAAAGAAACCUCUGGAGACAUUAGUGAGAAGAAACCAAAGACAGACAAAGCAACUUCUAUUCUGUCUGAACAAGAGCCCAUCUUUGUACAAGAGGUCACAGUGAAGGAAUCUCAUGGUGACAUGAAAGACAGGAAACCAAAAACAGAACAAGCCACUUCCAUUGUUUCCCCUCAUGAAUCCAUCACUGUACAAGAGGUCACAGUGAAGGAAACCUCUGGUGACAUUAGUGAGAAGAAACCAAAGACAGACAAAGCAACUUCCAUCUUAUCCGAACAAGAGUCCAUCUUUGUACAAGAGAUCACAGUCAAAGAGGCUCAUGGUGAUAUAGAAGAGGCCAAGCCAAAGACAGAACAAGCCACAUCAAUUAUUGCCCCUCAUGUAUCUGUAAAUGUACAAGAAGUUACUGUUAAGGAAACCUCUGGAGAGGUUGUUGAUAAGAAACCAAAGACAGACAAAGCAACUUCUAUUCUGUCUGAACAGGAAUCAAUUUCUGUACAAGAGGUCACAGUGAAGGAAUCUCAUGGUGACAUGAAAGACAGGAAGCCAAAGACAGAACAAGCCACUUCCAUUGUUUCUCCUCAUGAAUCUAUCACUGUGGAAGAGGUCACAGUGAAGGAAACCUCUGGAGAUAUUACUGAGAAGAAACCCAUAUCAGACAAAGCCACUUCCAUUUUGUCUGAACAAGAGUCAAUCACUGUUGAAGAAGUUUCAGUUAAAGAAGCUCCUGGUGAUAUGAAGGACAGGAAGCCAAAGACAGAACAAGCCACUUCCAUUGUUUCUCCUCAUGAAUCUAUUACUGUACAAGAGGUCACAGUGAAGGAAACCUUUGGAGAUAUGGCUGAGAAGAAGCCCAAGGAGGAGACAGCAAAAUCUAUCCUUUCAGAACAGGAGUCAAUUUCUGUCCAGGAAAUUUUGGUCAAAGAAGCUCCAUCUGAUCUAGCUGACCAGAAGCUGAAAACUGAAAAGGCAACUUCUGUUUGGUCAGAACAAGAAUCUGUUUCAGUUCAGGAAGUAUCUGUCAAAGAAGCUCCUGGUACAGUGAAGGAGGAAAAACCCAAGACUGAACAAGCCACAUCGAUUCUGUCAGAACAGGAAUCAAUCUUUGUGGAGGAGGUUUCUGUUAAGGAAGCACCUGGCUCAUUGAAAGACCUGAAACUCACCACUGAGCAAGCCACCACUUCCAUAGCACCUCAUGAAUCAGUUACUGUGGAGGAAGUUACUGUCAAAGAGGAGCCAGAAGAAAUCAAAGAUAAGAAGCCCAAGACAGAGAAGGCUACAUCAGUGUGGUCUGAACAAGAGUCCAUUGCUGUCCAGGAGGUCUCAGUGAAGGAAGCUCCUGAAGAUAUUGCUGACCAUAAGCCAAAGACAGAAAAGGCAACUUCCAUUUGGUCUGAGCAGAAAUCAAUCUCUGUACAGGAGGUGUCAGUAAAGGAGGCUCCUGGUGAAGUAAAGGAUAUGAAACCCAAGACUGAGCAAGCCACUUCAAUCAUCUCUCCACAUGAACCACUCACAGUGGAGGAAGUGUCCAUCAAGGAAGCUCCUUCUGACUUUAAUGAAUGUAAGCCUAAAAAGGAACAGGCUACUUCAAUCUUGUCAGAGCAGGAGUCCAUUUCUGUUCAGGAGGUAUCAGUCAAGGAAGCUCCAGGCACCAUGGAGCAAGCCAAGCCCAAGACAGAACAGGCCACUUCCAUAAUCUCUCCUCACGAAUCCAUCACUGUACAAGAGGUCACAGUGAAGGAAAGCUCUGGGGACAUUAGCGAGAAGAAACCAAAGACAGACAAAGCAACUUCCAUCUUAUCCGAACAAGAGUCCAUCUUUGUACAAGAGGUGACAGUCAAGGAGGCUCAUGGUGACAUAGAAGAGGCCAAGCCAAAGACAGAACAAGCCACUUCCAUCAUAUCUCCUCAUGAAUCUCUAAAUGUAGAAGAAGUUACAGUUAAAGAAACUCCUGGUGAUUUUGAUGACACUAAACCCAAAACAGAACAGGCCAUGUCCAAAAUUUCUCCUUUCGAGUCUCUCACUGUACAUGAGGUUACAGUCAAGGAGACUUCUGGAGACAUUACAGAAAAGAAACCCAAAACAGAAAAAGCUACAUCCAUUCUCUCAGAACAAGAAUCCAUAUCUGUACACCAGGUGUCAGUUAAAGAAUCUCACGGUGACAUGAAGGACAGAAAAACCAAGACUGAACAGGCCACAUUCACUGUCUCUCCACAUGAGUCUCUCACAAUUCAGGAGGUUACAGCUAAAGAAACCUUUGCAGACAUCACUGAACAUAAACCCAAAUCAGACAAAGCUACAUCUAUCUUAUCUGAACAAGAAUCAAUUUCUAUUGCAGAGGUGUCAGUAAAGGAGGCUCCUGCAACUAUGAAGGAUGCCAAACCCAAGACUGAGCAGGCUAUCUCAGUUAUUACCCCUCAUGAGUCUCUUUCAGUGCAGGUAGUAUCAGUCAAAGAAUCUCCUUCUGAAUUGAGUGAGCAUAAACCUAAAUCAGAGAAAGCUACUUCCAUUUGGUCAGAGCAGGAGUCCAUUUCUGUUCAGGAGGUAUCAGUCAAGGAAGCUCCAGGCACCAUGCAACAAGCCAAGCCCAGGACAGAGCAGGCCACUUCUGUCAUUUCUCCUCUUGAAUCCAUCACUGUACAAGAGGUCACAGUGAAGGAAACUUCAGAAGACAUUAGUGAGAAGAAACCCAAGUCUGAGAAGGCAACAUCUAUCUUCUCAGAGCAAGAAUCCAUUUCUGUUGCUGAGGUGUCAGUAAAGGAGGCUCCUGGAACCAUGAAAGAUGCCAAACCCAAGACUGAACAAGCCACCUCAGUCAUCUCUCCACAUGAAUCACUCACAGUGGAGGAAGUGUCCAUCAAGGAGGCUCCCUCUGAUUUCAGUGAGUAUAAACCUAAAACAGAACAGGCUACUUCUAUUUUCUCUCAACAGGAGUCCAUUUCUGUUCAGGAGGUAUCAGUUAAGGAAGCUCCAGGCACCAUGGAAGAAGCCAAGCCGAAGACAGAACAGGCCACUUCCAUCAUUUCUCCUCAUGAAUCCAUUACUGUACAAGAGGUCACCGUGAAGGAAACCUCUGGAGACAUGAAAGAUGGAAAGCCAAAAACAGAACAAGCCACAUCCAUUGUUUCUCCUCAUGAAUCUAUCACUGUGGAAGAGGUCACAGUGAAGGAAACCUCUGGAGAUAUUACUGAGAAGAAACCCAUAUCAGACAAAGCCACUUCCAUUUUGUCUGAACAAGAGUCAAUCACUGUUGAAGAAGUUUCAGUUAAAGAAGCUCCUGGUGAUAUGAAGGACAGGAAGCCAAAGACAGAACAAGCCACUUCCAUUGUUUCUCCUCAUGAAUCUAUUACUGUACAAGAGGUCACAGUGAAGGAAACCUUUGGAGAUAUGGCUGAGAAGAAGCCCAAGGAGGAGACAGCAAAAUCUAUCCUUUCAGAACAGGAGUCAAUUUCUGUCCAGGAAAUUUUGGUCAAAGAAGCUCCAUCUGAUCUGGCUGACCAGAAGCUGAAAACUGAAAAGGCAACUUCUGUUUGGUCAGAACAAGAAUCUGUUUCAGUUCAGGAAGUAUCUGUCAAAGAAGCUCCUGGUACAGUGAAGGAGGAAAAACCCAAGACUGAACAAGCCACAUCGAUUCUGUCAGAACAGGAAUCAAUCUCUGUGGAAGAGGUUUCUGUUAAGGAAGCACCUGGCUCAUUGAAAGACCUGAAACUCACCACUGAGCAAGCCACCACUUCCAUAGCACCUCAUGAAUCAGUUACUGUGGAGGAAGUUACUGUCAAAGAGGAGCCAGAAGAAAUCAAAGACAAGAAGCCUAAGACAGAGAAGGCUACAUCAGUGUGGUCUGAACAAGAGUCCAUUGCUGUCCAGGAGGUCUCAGUGAAGGAAGCUCCUGAAGAUAUUGCUGACCAUAAGCCAAAGACAGAAAAGGCUGUACCAACAGUAUCUCCUCAUGAGCCAUUAUCCAUUGAAGAGGUUUCAGUAAAAGAUGCUCCUUCAGACCUUCCAGAUAAAAAACCAAAGUCUGAAAAGGCUGUGUCAGUGUUCCCUGAGCAGGAGUCUAUUUCUGUUGAAGAGGUCUUAGUAAAGGGCAUUUCAGGAGCAUUGGAGGAGCUCAAGUUGCAGAUAGAGCAAGCUACCUCAAUGUUUGCACCUCACCAAUCAGUCACUAUUGAAGAAGUGGCAGUAAAGGAAUCACAUGAAGACAUAGAAGAAGAGAAACCAAAAACAGAAAAAGCUAGGUCAAUCUGGUCACCACGAGACUCUAUAUCUGUUGAAGAAAUUAAUGUCAAGGAGUUACCUGGAGACAUCAAGGAACAAAAACCAAAAACUGAGACAGCAAAACCAGUUGUCAGUCCACAGGAACCAUUCUCAGUGAGUGAAGUACAAGUUGAAGACCAAACACAAGAAAUGCCUACUCCAAAACAAAAGGAAGAAACUGCAGUUGUUACCAUUCCACGACGAAAAGAUUCCCUUCAAGUAUUUGAAAUAUCUACAGAACUUGCCCCAGAUUCAUUCACAGAAGCUAAGGCUAAGGAAGAUACAGCUAAGGUGACAGUAACAGAGGAGCUUCUUCGAGCUGACCAAGAAGAUGUCAUAGUACUGAAGGGUCCAUCGAAGGAAAAGAAGGUUGUACAAGUGGUUGAGGAAGAUGAGAUAGAUAAGAAGGAAAAGGUAGAGGAAGAGGUAAUAGUUAAGGAAGCUGAAGAGGAGGUUAUAGAAGUGAUUGAGCCCAAGAAGGUUACUGAAGAGAUUACUGAAGAAAUUACAAUCAAGAAGAAACCAAAGAAGAAGAAGCCAGAAGAGGAGGAAGAAGUGAAGGAGGAAGUUGUUAAACUGAAACCAAAGAAGAAGAAGAAGGAGCCUGAAGAAGUUAAAGAAGAACCAGAAGAACAGGUGGUUGAAGAGAUAAGUGAAGAAGUUCAGAUAAAAUUGAAACCAAAGAAGAAGAAGUCCAUUGUUGAGGAAGUUAUUUCAGAGGAGACUGUAGAGAUGAAGGAAGUUAAGGAGAAGUCUCCAGAACAAGAGGAAACUGUGGUCCUGAAGAAGCCCAAGAAGAAGGCUCCCAAAAAGGAAGAACCAGAGGAGGAGGUCAUCAUUAAGAAGGCUGAGGAAGAGGUGAUAGAAAUGAUUGAGCCCAAGAAGGUCACUGAGGAGAUUACUGAGGAAGUGACAAUCAUGAAGAAACCAAAGAAGAAGAAGUCAAUUGUUGAGGAAGUUAUUGCAGAGGAGAUUGUAGAGGUUAAGGAGGAAGUUAAGGAGAAGUCUCCAGAACAAGAAGAAACUGUUGUCAUCAAGAAGAAGCCCAAGAAGAAGAAGGAACCUGAGGAGGAGAUUACACAAGAGGUAACUGUGAAGAAACCUAAGAAGAAGAAGCCUGAGGAGCCUAAGGAAGCUGUUGUUGAGGAAGUUACUGAAGAAGUAACAAUAAAGAAGAAACCAAAGAAGAAGCCUGAGCCAGAGAAGGAAGAGGUUAUUGAAGAAGUGAUUGUGAAGAAGAGGCCCGAAGAGGAGGAAGAAGUGAAAAUGGAAAUUACAUCAGAGGAGACUGUCAUGGUGGAGGAAGUUAAAGAGAAGUCACCAGAACAAGAAGAAACUGUGGUCCUGAAGAAGCCCAAGAAGAAGGCUCCCAAAAAGGAAGAACCAGAGGAGGAGGUCAUCAUUAAGAAGACUGAGGAAGAAGUAAUAGAAAUGAUUGAGCCCAAGAAGGUCACUGAGGAGAUUACUGAGGAAGUGACAAUCAUGAAGAAACCAAAGAAGAAGAAACCUGAAGAGCCAGAAGAAGUGAAAGAGGAAGUUAUCAAGCUGAAGCCCAAGAAAAAGAAAAAGGAGUCUGAGGAAGUUGUAGAGGAAGUGAUAGUGCGCAAAGAACCGGAAGAAGAGGUGGUUGAAGAGAUAAAUGAAGAGGUUCAGAUCAAGCUGAAACCAAAGAAGAAGUCCAUUGCUGAGGAAGUUAUUUCAGAGGAGACUGUAGAGGUGAAGGAAGUUAAGGAGAAGUCUCCAGAACAAGAGGAAACUGUGGUCCUGAAGAAGCCCAAGAAGAAGGCUCCCAAAAAGGAAGAACCAGAGGAGGAGGUCAUCAUUAAGAAGGCUGAGGAAGAGGUGAUAGAAAUGAUUGAGCCCAAGAAGGUCACUGAGGAGAUUACUGAGGAAGUGACAAUCAUGAAGAAACCAAAGAAGAAGAAGUCAGUUGUUGAAGAAGUUAUUGCAGAGGAGAUUGUAGAGGUUAAGGAGGAAGUUAAGGAGAAGUCUCCAGAACAAGAAGAAACUGUGGUCAUCAAGAAGAAGCCCAAAAAGAAGAAGGAACCUGAGGAGGAGAUUACACAAGAGGUAACUGUGAAGAAACCUAAGAAGAAGAAGCUUGAGGAGCCUAAGGAAGCUGUUGUUGAGGAAGUUACUGAAGAAGUAACAAUAAAGAAGAAACCAAAGAAGAAGCCUGAGCCAGAAAAGGAGGAGGUUAUUGAAGAAGUGAUUGUGAAGAAGAGACCAGAAGAGGAGGAAGAAGUGAAAGAGGAAGUUGUCAAGCUGAAGCCCAAGAAGAAGAAGAAGGAGCCUGAGGAAGUUGCAGAGGAAGUAAUAAUACGCAAGGAGGAACCAGAGGAACAAGUGAUUGAAGAGAUCAGUGAAGAAGUUCAGAUCAAGUUAAAACCAAAGAAGAAGUCCAUUGUUGAGGAAGUUAUUUCAGAGGAGACUGUCACAGUGAAGGUGGAAGAAGUUAAGGAGAAGUCACCUGAAAAAGAGGAAACUGUGGUCCUAAAGAAGCCCAAGAAAAAGAUUCCCAAAAAGGAAGAACCAGAGGAAGAGGUUGUACUUAAGAAACCUGAGGAACCUAAGGAAGAAAAGGAGGAGCCCACAGAACAAAUUACACUGAAAAAACCCAAGAAGAAGAAGCCUGAGGAAGUUGCUGAGGAGGUAACAAUACGCAAGGAAGAACCAGAGGAGCAGGUGAUUGAAGAGAUAAGUGAAGAAGUUCAGAUCAAGCUGAAACCAAAGAAGAAGAAGUCAAUUGUUGAGGAAGUUAUUUCAGAGGAGACUGUCACAGUGAAGGAGGAGGAAGUUAAGGAGAAGUCCCCAGAACAAGAGGAAACUGUGGUCAUCAAGAAGCCCAAGAAGAAGAAGGAACCUGAGGAGGAGAUUACACAAGAAGUAACUGUGAAGAAACCUAAGAAGAAGAAGCUUGAGGAGCCUAAAGAAGCUGUUGUUGAGGAGGUUACUGAAGAAGUAACAAUAAAGAAGAAACCAAAGAAGAAGCCUGAACCAGAGAAGGAAGAGGUUACCGAAGAAGUGGUCAUUAAGAAGAUAGAAGAGCCAGAAGAAGUGAAGGAGGAAGUUAUCAAAUUGAAACCUAAGAAGAAGAAGAAGGAGGAGGUGACUGAGGAAGUUACAGAGGAGGUAACAAUCCGCAGAGAAGAACCAGAGGAACAGGUGAUUGAAGAGUUGAGUGAAGAGGUUCAGAUCAAGUUGAAACCAAAGAAAAAGAAAUCCAUUGUCACUGAGGAGGUUGUAUCAGAAGAGACUGUGAUAGUGAAGAAGGAUGAAGUUGAGGAAAAAUCUCCGGAACCAGAAGAAACUGUUGUUAUAAAGAAGAAGCCCAAGAAGAAGAUUUCCAAAAAGGAAGAAACUGUGGAAGAAGAAGUGGUUAUUAAGAAGCCUGAAGAGCCUAAAGAUGAGAAAGAGGAGCCUACAGAACAAAUUACGAUUAAGAAACCCAAAAAGAAGAAGCCAGAGGAACCUAAGGAAGAGGUGACAGAAGUGACCAUCAAAGAAAAAUCACCUGAACCAACAGUACAAGAGGAAGUGACAGAACAAGUUAGCAUUAAGAUGAAGCCAAAGAAGAAGAAGCCAAUUGUUGUUGAGGAAGAGGUUGAAGAAGCAUUUACAUUGAGAAAGCCAAGGGAAGAAGAACAGCCAGAGGAAGAAGCACCUAGCCAAGUAAGUGAGACUGUCACCCUCAAGAGGAAGCCAAAACCAAAACCAAAAGAAAGACAUGAGAUUUCAGAGGAAGUGGAGAUAAAGAUUAAACCAGCAGAAGACUUCAAGAGGGAAGAAACAACUGAAGAGGUGCAGAUUAAAAUGAAGAGGCCAAAGAAGAAGUACUCUGUUGUGGAAGAAACCUUUGAGUCAGAAAUGACACUCCCAGCUGAAGAGGAACCAGAACCAGGUGUUGUCAUUGAGGAAAUAGAUGAACUAACUGUGAUCAAGAAGGUGUUUAAGGAUGGGGUUGAAGUGCCUGAGGAAACUGUCAAGAUUAAGAAGAAGAAGCCAAAGAAGGUGACUGAAGAGGGUGAGGAGAAGGUUACCAUCAAGAAGAAGGUAGCUAAAGAGCCAGAGGAAGAGCCAAAGUCACCGGAGGAUAUCCAGGAAGUGUUCCAAAUCAAGCGUCCCAAGAAGAAGAAGCCGGCGUACAAGGUCGAGGAAGAGGAGGAGGAGGAGACAGGUGUGACCAUUACAAGGAAACCUGAGCCCGUUGAGGAAGAAGAGGUGGUCACAGAAGUCUUCAAAAUCAAACCCAAGAGGCCAAAGGAAGAAGAACCAAGCGACGAAGGUGAAACUCAGUUUACAUUUGACCUCACAAAGAGAAGGUAUGAGAAGCAUGAGGUGGAGGAAGUUGAAACCACCCACAAGGUGAAGCCUCCCCCUGUACCCAAAGAGCCUCCGGUCUUCACUCAAGAGGAUGUCCAAUUGCACAUAAAGGUGCCAGCACAAUCACCAACAGAAGUACUGGAAAUCCCACCACCCCUCUCAGUCAAGCCUGGCGACCAGCUGAGAGCAACAGCCACCUACAUCGCUGACAACACGCAGGAGAACGCCAUGCACCUUGUGGAGGGAGAGAAGGUGUAUGUGCAAGAAAUGACCAACAGCGACUGGUGGUUCGUCAAGAAGCACCUUACACUGGAGGAAGGCUAUGUGCCAGCCAAGCUACUGGCUGAGGAAGUGUCCUACACACAUUAUGUUGAGAAGAAGAUUGAAGAGAAGGCCAAUAAACUUCCAGUCUUUGACAAAUUGAAGAAGGGACAGAAAUCAGAGUUGCCCAAAAUGGUGACCAAGCUGGAGCCAGUCACUGUGGUGGAUGGUCAGGAAGCUCAGUUUGUGUGCAAGAUCAAGGGUACUCCUCGCCCCACCGUCACCUGGUUCAGACAGACAGCCAUCAUCAAGCCGUCCGAGGAAUUCCAGGUGUUCUAUUCUGAUGAUAACACAGCAACAUUGGUAGUGAAGGAAGUCUUCCCUGAGGAUGCUGGCUUGUUCACUUGUGUUGCCAAGAACCAGGCUGGCUAUAUCACCUCCUCAGCUGAACUUGUAGUGGAGGGACCAAUCAGUGACCAUGGCUCAGACUCCAUGAUUGCCUCACGCCGCAGCCUCAGCAGGGAGUCCUCCGUGUGUGACAUCAUGGAGGGCAUUCCACCAACCUUCGCCAACAAGCCCACGGUGAAGACAGUUGAGGAGGGAACACAGCUGGAGUUGGAUGUUCGCCUUGUUGCCAUUCCUGAACCUGAAAUCAUAUGGAGGAAGGAUGGACAGGUUGUUCGUGAGUCGCCAAGAAUCCGUCUGGUGAAACAGAAGGAUGUUCAUGCGUACCGUUCAAUCAUCAUCAUUAAGGGAGCCAAGAAGGAGGAUGAAGGUCUUUAUGAGAUCACCGUCAAGAACCGUGAAGGAGAGGCCAAGAACCACAUCACCCUCAGAGUUACGGCUCCUGAAGUUCCUGAGUUUGAGGACAGGUACCCAGACCAGACAGUGGAGUCUGAGGGAACCAUCCGCCUGGUGGCCAAGAUCCAUGGCAUCCCAUCGCCGGAUGUCACAUGGAGCAGGAAUGGCAAGAAACUCAAGGAGGGGAAGAAUGUGGUCAUGACUUAUCAAGAUGAGUUGGCUGUACUUGAAAUUCGCAACGUGCAGCCCAAAGAAGAUUCUGGGAAAUAUGUUUGCACAGCUACUAACAAAGUUGGCAAGGCUUCGCACACGGCUAAUAUUACAGUUGGGGCAGAGUUUGUCACCUUCAAGAGAGGUCUGGAAUCUUGCAUAGUGGAUGAGGGUUCAGAGGUUGUGUUGGAGUGUCGCACUUCCAAGGAAAAGCCGUGCAAGUGGUUCAAGGGCAAGACUGAGAUUAAGAAGAAUGAGACGUUUGAGAUCGAGCAGGACGGCCUCACUCACCGCCUCAUCAUCCACUCGGCCACCCUCAAUGACACCGGCAAAUACAAAUGCACCUUUGAUGACCAAACCACCUUCUGCAACCUUACUGUCAGAGGACUGGAUGACUUCGUGGAGAGAGUGCAGGACGUGGAGGUUCAGGAGAGGGAGGAAGCCAUCCUGCUGGUGGAAGUCACAAGUGAGAAGGCUACAGUCACCUGGCAUAAGGAUGGCGAGGAAAUCACGGAACAACACAAGCGCUUCACUCUGGUGACUGAAGGCAAGGUGCGCAAGCUGGUGAUCAAGGAGGCCACUCUUUCUGAUGAGGGCGAGUACACCUGUGCACUGGGAGAUCAUGAGUGCACUGCUGAACUCACUGUCCGUGAGCUGCCUGCUGAGAUUGUUAGGAAGAUGAAGGACCAAGUUGUCUCCAAGGGCAACAGGGCCACAAUGGAGGUUGAGCUAACCAAGGGUGAUGCUGUCAUUACUUGGUUCAAGGAGGAAAAGGAAAUCAGAUUCUCCGACCACUACCAGCUCUCCAUUGAUGGCAAGGUUCAGAGGUUGAUGGUGUACAACUGCCAGCUAGAGGACAGUGGCACCUACCGGGCAGUGGUUGGCAAGAGUGAGUGCUCUGCCACUCUCAAGGUUGAACUACAGGUGGAAGGUGACUUCUCCAAGGGCUUGCCUGGCCAGAUGGACGUCAACUAUAAGUCUGACAUCACCUUCACGGUGGAAAUCACCAAGGACAGUGAAGUGAAGUGGUUCAAGGGCACGGAGGAGCUCAAGCCUUCAGACAAAUACAUCAUCAAGAAGGAAGGAAAGAAGAGAAUCUUGAUUGUCAAGAAUUGUACUCAAUCUGAUGCUGCUGAGUAUUCUUGUGUUCUUGGAAACCUAAAGACUUCUUGCAAACUGAACGUUAUCAUAAUGGAGACAGCUCCCAAGAUUGACAAGGAGUACCAGAAGGUGGAGGUGGUGGUGACCAAGGGUACUGACGUCACCCUGAAAGUGCCCUACACUGGCACACCCAUCCCCACUGCCACCUGGUCCCACAAGGGGCAGCCACUGGACAAGGAUGGCACCCGCAAGAUGUUGCCAACCAUCAAUGAGACUGAGGCUUACAUCACACUCAAGACAGUGGAGGAAGCAGACUGUGGAGAGUACCGGCUCAAGCUUAGCAAUGACUGUGGCACUGUUCAUGCUGAGUUCAUUGUGAAGCUGCUUGAUAAACCAUCUCAGCCUGGUACUCCUGAGCCCAUGAAGGUGACCAAUGACAGCGUCACUCUGCACUGGACUGAGCCCAAGGAAGAUGGUGGCAGAUGCAUCACCAACUAUAUCAUUGAAUACAAGAGCACCAAGAAGCAGAAGUGGGUAGUCUUCAACAAGACAGUGAAAAUCACAGAGACCACGACUACAGUGACCAAGCUGACCAAGAUGGAGGAGUACUGCUUCAGAGUGUUUGCUGUCAAUGAAAUAGGCACAUCUGAGCCAUCUGAUGCCUCUAAACCUGUCAAGGUCUGUGAGCCCAAGACAGCUGAGCCUCCUGUGGUGAAGGAGGAGCUGACACCUGUCGUUACUGGCCUGCACCAGGAGGUGAUCCUGCGCUGCGUGGUCACUGCCAACCCCCUGCCUAAAAUUGAGUGGCAGAAGGAUGGCAAGCCUAUCACUGGCAUUACUUCUUAUGAGAACUUCACUGCGACCUUUACCAUCAAGGAGACCAAUGAGAGCUCUGGCGGCAUGUACUCUUGCCGUGCUAGUAAUGAAGCUGGCAUGGCUGAGUGCUCUGCCACGGUUGUUAUCCAAGAGUCUCCGAGGUUUGAGUUUGAUGAGAAACAACAAGUCCAGCGUCUACGUGUGGAUGAGAAGUGGCACGUGCCCAUCCAAGUGAUUGGCCACCCACAGCCCACCAUCAAGUGGAGCCGCAACGACCAGUCACUCAAGUCCACAAGCCAUGUUGUCAUCCGCACUGAGGAGUCUGAAGGCUCCACAGACAUUGCCAUUCAUAAGCUGACCCUUGAAGACUCAGCCGUCUAUACUGUCACUGCUGAAAACUCUGCAGGAAAGGCACAGCUAAGCUUCAACCUCAGAGUUGUGGAAGAAGAACAGGAGUCCCAGAUUGAAGUCAGUGAGGAUGAAUGCACAAGGGAGCGGCCAGAUCCACCCAAGGGUCCCCUGGAGACCAGUGACAUCACAACAUCCUCCCUCAAGCUCACUUGGAAGCCGUCUCCCAAUGAUGGAGGAGAGAAGAUCACUGCUUACUUUAUUGAGAAGCAGGAGAAGACUCAGAAGCAGUGGCAGAAGGUGGCUGAGGUCACCCCAGACGUACUGUCCUACAUGGUUCAGGACUUACUUGAAGGCCAUGAGUACUUCUUCCGAGUGUUUGCCGUCAAUGCAAUAGGCGUGUCCGAUGCUCUGGAGGCAGCUGAGAACAUUCUCCUCAAGAGUCCAUUCGACAAACCAGGUCCACCCAUUGGGCCUUUUGAUGUGAGUGACGUGACUGAGUCCUCCAUGCUGCUGCAUUGGGAUGAACCCGACAGCGAUGGUGGCUCACCCAUCACUCAUUAUACUAUUGAAAAGAGAGAGUCAACCAAAAAGGCCUGGAGUAAGGUUGGUGAGACUCAAGCCCCAGUUACUGAGAUAGACGUCACGGGUCUCAAGAAGGGAACUGCAUACUUCUUCCGUGUGUAUGCUUACAAUGCUGUGGGCCAGAGUCCACCACUCCAGCCAGAUGAGCCUAUCACAGCAGGCAAGAAGAUCACUCCACCAUCCAAGCCCAACAACCUCCAGGUAAUAGACAUCACCACCCGCACCGUGACGCUGGCCUGGGCACCACCCACUUCCACUGGUGGUGCCGACCUCAUAGGCUAUGUGAUUGAACGCCGACUGACCAGUGAGAAGAGGUGGGAGAAGGUGGACUCUGUUGAUGCCUCUGUCACCCUCUACUGUGUGGAGAACCUGAGGGAGAAAUCUGAAUAUGAGUUUAGAGUGUUUGCUGAGAACCCUGUUGGCCGCAGCUUAGAGCCGGCCAUGACAGAGCAAGUCAGGCUAAAGACUCAUGCCACACCCCCAUCACCUCCCACGGCCCCUCUGGAAGCACGACCCACGGGCCCCACCAGCCUCAUGAUUGAGUGGGGCGCCCCGGAGAGUGAUGGUGGGGCACCACUGCUUGGAUACAUCAUUGCCAUCCGAGACAUCAAGAGAACUAUGUGGAUUGAGGUUGGGCAAGUUGGAGCCAACUUUACGAGAUUACACAUUAAGGAGCUGCAGGAGGAGCACGAGUACCACAUUCGAGUAUUCGCCCGCAAUGAAGUGGGUGCCAGCGAUCCCCUGGAAACAGAGGAACCUGUCAAAAUUAUCAGGCCAGAUGACUUCACAGAGCUGCCAGAGGAUGAUAAUGCUCCCUCCCUGUCCUACUCCACCACGGAGACACUCUCCUGGAUGCGGGAGGCAGGCAUGGAUGCCGACAUCUACUCUUAUGCCCGUGGUCGUCUCUUGAAUAGGGACGAGUACUUCUUCAAAGUCUGGCAUCGUGGGAUGAAUAAAUAUAGUGAGAAGUAAUCGAUAGGUCCCAGAUAGUUUUCUACUAUUUAUGUAUGAGUCCUGUAGAUUAGUCAUUUUCUUUUUCUGUUGGAAAUUUUUCUUUUAAUUUAUCUUGAAUUUGUCUUUCUCUGUAUUAUCAACAAAAGAGAAUUGUCUCUUCUUAGGACAAGUCGUGCAUUUGCAUCGAGUUUCAUUCCUGAUAUGGAGAAUGUUCCGAACCGAAGUUGUAUUUACUAUUUAAUGAUGAAUGUAUCAUAAUUCAGCCACUCGACUCUGUUGAUAUUAUCACUUCGGGCACCCAUGCAUAUGUGGGUGGCCAGAAGCAUGUUGACAGGAAAGUGUCCACCAUAAGGUAUUGAGUCCCGAGGUUCAGCAGGAAAACUCUGGUCUGGCACUACUCUAGUCAUCACCAUCCCGAGACGUUCACCUGUGCACACAAUGUCAGACUCGGAGCUUCCUGGCUGUGAUAGUCUGUGGCUCAUAGUGCGUCUGCUGCCUCUAUGGGCCAAAAUUCCAGCUCGUGGACCAAAACCUUGUGGCUGUGCAACCCUAGACGACAUUUGAUAUAGGAAUCCCUAUUUUGUGUAUGUACUGUGUAUGUACUGUGUGUAGGUGUCCCGUCCCACCCACGCUGCAGGAGGGAAUAUAAUCAAGAGUUUUAGUAGCACCUGAGCAUGGGCUAUUUGUAGUAUGUAGUUUACUAUGACACAUAUAUACACACCUUAUACAAUUAUUAGAUGUCUUGUGAAUGUACUGUGAUAUGAGAAUUUUCCUAAGCUGGCCUUGUGCCGACACACAAAAGCAUCUGUUGAUUUUUUUCUUGUGUUGCAUUAUUCAUUAUCAAAAAAACAAAUCCUUGGUGUGGCCAGCAGAUUAUAAUGGUUGCCAUGGAUCAGGUAUCAUGCUGCUGCUGAAUACUUUAACAUCCAUUUGGUCCGACUGUGGUGGCAUUGUAACCUGCUGUGCCACACCACCACAUUACCACAAGCCAGUAGGCGCCACCUCAGGCUGGCCACACGCUGCUGCUAUUUAUUACUUUACCAUCUCUGUGGCCCUGUGGUGGUGACCUGCUGGUCUUAUCAAGCUUGUUGUGUAGAUUGGGAAUAAACUGUUUAGAUCAU